GAGCGGGGUCUCGCGGUGCCGCGAGGGAAACCCCGAGCGGGGGCGAGAGGCCGGAGCCCAGAGCUGGCGGCGACUUGGAGGCCAAUUGGCGAGGCGAGGAAGGCAGCGCUCUCUCGCUCGCUCCCUCCACUGGAAUGCUCUCCUCUGAGGAGAGCAGGCGAGCUGCGUCCGGCUCGCCGCCGCUCUCCUCCGGCCGGAGAGCAGCGGGCUCUUCGAGGCGCCUCUUCCCGCCCUGAAGCCCCUUCUCUUCCUCCGGACUCCCACCCCACCCCACCGACUUCCCAUCUCCCGGCCAUUCCUGAGGACGGGCGCCCAAGCUUCUCCUCCAGCUCUCCGCGCCUCGCGCUCUCUCUCGCGCGCCCUCUUCUCCUGGGCGCGCGUUUGUUUUGCCCGUGACGGCGGCGAGGCACCGGAGCGGACUUUGGCAAGGCGAGGGGCCGCCCUUGCGGCGAGCGGGCAGCGGCGGCGAGCCCCCGAGGGCAGCCUUGGCGCUUAUCUGCUCCGAGGAGCGAGGCAGGCGCGGCCGUGGGCAGGGUCUCCGGGGAGCCGGCGGCAGCUUUAUAAGCCGGCGCUCUUCGCGGGGACGGCCUCGUCUGGCGCCGAGAUGCCUCCUGUCACCACCUUCCUGCUGCUGCUCUUCCUCGGCGGCGGCGGCGGAGGGGCGCUCGCCCUGGAGGACCCCCUCAUGCCCGGAGAAUACAACCACACCGAGGAGGGAGCCGUGCACUUCGCCCAGGACUACAACAGCACCGGCGAGACGGUCUUCUUCGAGAGCGUCUCCGCCAGCUGGAAUUACAACACCAACCUGACAGACUUCAACUCCCAGCAGCAGGUAAGCUCCGGCCGCCCAAGCAGACACCUGAGAGGCGAAGCCCCUGCCCAGCCUCAGCCGCAGCAAGCAGCAAGUGCAUCUUUCUCACUUUUCUGCGUCUUUCCUUUGGCCCUCCUUCUGUAACUUUGACACUUGAGCCAAGCUGAAAGGUCACAGCGCCAGCCUGGGCAAACAGGGGUGCCAACUUGAAUAAAUUAUUGUGGGGCCCCCCAGGUAAGCAUAGGCAACCACAUGACACUAUUUGAAUGGCAACGCCCAUCAACUUUGUGGGGGUCAGCCCCCUCAAAUGUUUUAUUGUGGGGGGAACAGAAGCCCCCACAGCCCUUAGGAGUUGGCUCCUAUGGGGCAAAAUAUCCACCUUCAGUUGGGCCUAAAGCUCUCCUUCUGCCCCAUAGGGGACAACUCCUAGGGGCCGAGGACCCUUUGGUCACCCCCCCAUAAAAUAUUUGAGGGGGUCGCCCCUCCAAAGUUGAUGGGUGUUGCCGUUCAAAUGGUACACAUGCGCCAUGUCAUGUGAUCAGUUCUGCAGGCGGAGCUUACCUGUCCGUCCCCCCCCCCCCAAUAUUUUAUUCAAGUUGACAUCCCUGUUCCACCCUGCCACAGUGAACGCAGCAGUUUAUCUCCUUAUCAGUUGCCUCUGAUGCCAAACUGCCAACAUAUAUGUGUGUUUGUGUGUAAAUUAAAUAUAAUUUACAGUAUAUUAUUGUCACGGAAUAAUAUCUGUUGCUUCUAACUUCAGGACCCUGGAGCAAAUUCUGGAUCUUGAGCAAAGCCUGGACUAGCCUGGGGUUUCCCUGUCUUGAUGUUUCCCCCCGCUGCCAUCCGAUCUGACCCCGUCUUGUUCAUUUUAACAUAGAGUCAGACGUUCCCUGCAGUGGGCUUUUCUGGUAGCCUUUAUAUCCUACAGUACCUUUUGGGAGUACUGCCAUGACAUUAAAGAUAAUCAGCUGUGGUAGUCAACAUUUAUUUUUGUAUGCCCUGCCUUUGUAUGUUAUUUCUCCUCCUUGUGAUGCUGUUGGUGUUCCAUUUUGCAGACGGAGAAACUGAGACAGGUUUCCCUGAGGGUGCUUGUUGUUGUUGUUUAGUCGUUUAGUCAUGUCUGACUCUUCGUGACCCCAUGGACCAGAGCAUUCCAGGCACUCCUGUCUUCCACUGCCUCCCGCAGUUUGGUCAAACUCAUGCUGGUAGCUUCGAGAACACUGUCCAACCAUCUCGUCCUCUGUCGUCCCCUUCUCCUUGUGCCCUCCAUCUUUCCCAACAUCAGGGUCUUUUCCAGGGAGUCUUCUCUUCUCAUGAGGUGGCUAAAGUAUUGUAGCCUCAGCUUCAGGAUCUGUCCUUCCAGUGAGCACUCAGGGCUGAUUUCCUUAAUGACCCCCAAACUGAGAAGUCAGAAAACGCAGCGAUGGAGACCUGUGGACACAGUUACACCUUCAAAGCUCAUUCGGAGCUCCUUGUUUCCCUCAAAGAAUUAUGGGCGCUGUAGUUUCUCCCUCACAGAGUUACAAUUCCCAGCAGUGCUUAGCAAACUACAGCGCCCAGAAUUAUUUGAGGGGGUGGCUGUACUUCAAGCACCGUUUAACGGUAUCGUGCGUUCUUGGUGCGCAGCUAUUGUUCCCCCCACUCGCUGCCUGAAGUCCCACGCAGAAUUUGAUUCCUCCUACUGAGGCGUUGAUCUCUUGUGGCUUCUUCUCUUCCUGGGCUGAGCCUGCAUUGGAAUGAGGUGGUGAGGGAUUGUGGGGGAGAGUGUAAAAACCAGUAAGCCAGGUAAUUUGGUUAGAAUACCUCUCUAUCCAAUGGAGAACUAAUUAGUGAUAUACAUUACUAUAAAAUAUUGUGGAGAGGGGAAGAUGUCCCACAAGUUUAGAUAGAAGUUUGGGUGCUGAGGGGAGAUGAUAAGGGCUGGUGGUUAAAUGGACCCUGCAUGAACUGGGGUGUGCUCUGGUCCAUGGGGUCACAAAGAGUUGGCGCUGUGGGUUAAACCACAGAGCCUAGGACAUGCCGAUCAGAAGGUUGGCGGUUCAAAUCCCCGUGACAGGGUGAGCUCCCGUCCCUCGGUCCCAGCUCCUGCCCACCUAGCAGUUCGAAAGCACGUCAAAGUGCAAGUAGAUAAAUAGGUACCGCUCCCGCGGGAAGGUGAACGGCGUUUCCGUGUGCUGCUCUGGUUCGCCAGAAGCGGCUUAGUGCUGCUGGCCACAUGACCCAGAAGCUGUCUGCGGACAAACGCCGGCUCCCUCGGCCAAUAAAGCAAGAUGAGGGCCGCAACCCCAGAGUCGGUCACGACUGGACCUAAUGGUCAGGGGUCCCUUUACCUUUACCUUUACCUCUCUAUCUAAUUGAGAACUAAUUGGUGAUAUUCAUUACUAUAAAAUAUUGUUGAGAGAGAGGAUGUUUAGAUAGAAGUUUGGGUGCUUAGGGGAGAUGAUAAGGGCUGGUGGUUAAAUGGAACCUGCAUGAACUGGGGCGUGCUCUGGUCCAUGGGGCCACGAAGAGUCGGACACGACUAAACAACAGCAAUCCCUGUUCAUCCUGCCGCAUCUCAAAAAAGCACAUUGUAGGGCUGGAAAAGGUGCAGAAACGAGGAACCAGAAUGAUUGGUUGUGGUUCACUUCUCCAGUGAAGAAUGGUUGCAAGAGCGGUGACUUCCUUCCGUUUAGGAAGCAGGGGAUUUAAGGACAGGCAUAUAUAGAGGGUUCCAUAAGUCUGCGUGGUGUGGAGAAAAUGGACGGAGAUAGGAUUUCCUCCCUCUUUCAUAAUGCUAGAACUUCGGGCCGUCCAGUGAAGCUGCUUAGUGGGAGAUUUAAGAGAAAGAAGAGGAGUCUGCCUAUCUGAACUGCGGAACUCAUUGCCACAAGAUGUGUUGGCUGUCAGCUUUAGGUGGCUUUAAAAGGGGGGUUAGACAAGGGUGAUAAGGCUAUCUAUGACUGCCUCCUCCAGGACCCAAGGCAGCAGGGCCAUAAUUUGUAUCUUGGCAUCUGGAGCAAACAAUAUGAAAUACUUAUUUAUUUAUUACAUUUCUAUCUAGUGUUUCCUCCAAGGAGCUCAAGAUGGUGUACAUAAUUCUCCUCCCCAUUUUAUCCUUACAGCAAUCCUGUGAUGUAGGUUAGACUGAGAGUGAGUGACUGGUCGAAGGUCAUUCAAUGACCUUCAUGGUUUGGGUGUGUGUUUGUGUGCAGAUUUGAAUCUUGGUGUUCCAGGUCCUAGUCUGAUGCUUUAACUCAGGCAUGUCCAAAGUCCAUCGCAGGGGCCUAAUCCAGCUCGCCGGUUGGUUUAAUCUGGCUCCUGUGGCAGUUUAUUUUCUGUGGUAAAAUCCUAAAAAACCCCUCAACAACAUCAAUCCUAAAAAAAGGUCAACAACUUUGGCUGGCCCUUUGGUUGGCCCUCAUGGCCCUUCACUUCAUCAAAUCUGUCCCUCUUUGGAAAAAGUUUGGACACCACUGCUUUAACAACUACAUUAUACCAGCUCUUCUGUCCCUAAGCCAACCGCAAAUUUUACAACAUAAAACAUUAACAGCAGCUGCAACAAAAUGAUAAACAAGUAAAUCCAUGUAAUGUAGACUAUUUAAUAAUAUAUGACAGUAUUACUAGAAUAAAUCAGAAAAUGGAAAAUGGAAUGUAUGCUUAUUAGAUCUCACAGAACACUAAAAAGAAUAUGAAAAAAAAUCACAAUAUUAUACAGAUUUAUUUAGGAUGUAACCCUCCAAGGUUUAAUUGCAGGGGGGGAAAUGAUCACUUGGCUGAAAUUUAUUUGUUCUGCAAUUUCAUGUUCAACUGAAAAGAUUGUCAUAUUUGAUCUCAGGUAAAGGUAAAGGGACCCCUGACCAUUAGAUCCAGUCGUGGCUGACUGUGGGGUUGCGGUGCUCAUCUCGCUUUAUUGGCUGAGGGAGCUGGCGUACAGCUUCCAGGUCAUGUGGCCAGCAUGACUAAGCCGCUUCUGGCAAACCAGAGCAGCGCAUGGAAACGCCGUUUACCUUCCCGCCAGAGCGGUACCUAUUUAUCUACUUACACUUCGUGCUUUCGAAUGGCUAGGUUGGCAGGAGCAGGGACCAAGCAACGGGAGCUCACCCUGUUGCGGGGAUUCAAACUGCCGACCUUCUGAUCGGCAAGCCCUAGGCUCUGUGGCUUAACCCACAGCACCACCCACAUCCCUUUGAUCUCAGGUAGGUUUUAAUUAAUUCUCCCUUGCUGAAGCUCCAUUCACAGAAUGCUACCAUAAUGUUUACACAGCUGCCACUAACUUGAGUGGUACACAUUAUUAUUUUUCUUGCAGCGACACCUCACCCCCAACCACAAUAAUAUUUAGUACUGCCCAUUACCAAUGAUUUCGACUAACACAUUAUUAAAAGAAACAAAUGCUAUUUUUGUUAACGUAUGUGUGUACGAUGUUGAAUUACUUUGCAGAGUUAGCACAUCUUUUAUUUGUAUUAUAAAAUUUAUAUACUGCUUGAUUGUAAGGAAAAAAGAAAAAACUAAAGACCUCAGAGCAGUUUAUAAAAAAAGAAAAGCUGGCUGCAUAUCAAAUAGUUGUUGCCUUAAUUCAAAGCAACCACACUCAGACUUUAAGACUGAAAGAUAAGAAAGUUUAUUAUAAGUAAUACAUAAUUGGAUGAUGAAGACUUCCUGUUCUAACUAAGUUGGAAAUGCAGAGGAGCCGUGCUUGCCCUUUGACCUCUGCAGGAGAAAGUGUUCCUUCACACAGCACACAGUUCAGCUCAACUCCCACGGGAGGCAAUGAUUGCCACCAACCUGAGCAGGUUUGAAAGAGAACUGGAGGAAUUCAUGGAGGAAGAAGAAGAGUUUGGAUUUGAUAUCCCACUUUAUCACUACCCUAAGGAGUCUCAAAGCGGCUAACAAUCUCCUUUCCCUUCCUCCCCCACAACAAACACUCUGUGAGGUGAGUGGGGCUGAGAGACUUCAGAGAAGUGUGACUAGCCCAAGGUCACCCAGCAGCUCCAUGUGGAGGAGCAGGGAAUCGAACCCGGUUCACCAGAUUAUGAGUCUACCGCUCUUAACCACUACACCACACUGGCUAUCAGUUGGUGCUAGCUUUGGCAGCUAUGCCGUGCGUCCGCAGUCGAAGGUAGUAUGCUUCAGAAAUGAAAACCAGUUGCUAGAAACCACACAAAGGGAAAGUGCUCUUGGUUUCCCACAGGCAUCUUGUUGGCCACCGUGAGAACAAAAUGCUGUGGUCUUUGGGCUCAUCCAGCAGGCUGGUCUUAUGUUCUUAUGAGAGAGGCACAAGAAGAUAUCCUCCUCUUUCUUGACUUCAGAAGUACGAGCAGGGAAGCAAGUUAGGGCAGCAACCCUAAAAACACCAGUCUAGGAUCAAACGAGAGGUCAGCACUGGCAAAGGGCAGUGAGGUUGUCUAGGGAGCUGGGAGGUACACCCCUCUAUCUCCUUUCUCCCCAUGCAAACCCCACCAGCAUUAGGUACAAGCUGAGUUGCAUCCCAACCGUUUCAACAUAGACACCUUAAAGUUAUCAUGAUUAUGGUGGCCCCUUGAAUCAAGGGCCACAUUCACCCCAUCUUUUCUUCCAACCCUGCAAAGCAGAACCUGAUUCUGGGAUGGUGUUACUUCUCAGGGUGGACCCUGAUUCCAAAUACAAGCUUCUGGAAAACAACAGCAGGAGGAAGCUGUUGCUCUUGUGUCCUGUUUGUGAGCUUCCUGUGGGCAUCUGCUUGGCCACCUAGUAGAAGGAACAAGUUGGGUGAGAUCAAGAUGGGCUCUUGUUAUGCUCUCUAGUGUGCUGUUUGUGGGCUGCCUAGACAGAUCUGUCUGACCACUGUGGAAUAAAGGUAAAGGUAAAGGGACCCCUGACCAUUAGGUCCGGUCGUGGCCGACUCUGGGGUUGCGGCGCUCAUCUCGCUUUAUUAGCUGAGGGAGCUGGGGUACAGCUUCCGGGUCAUGUGGCCAGCAUGACUAAGCCGCUUCUGGCGAACCAGAGCAGCGCACGGAAACGCCGUUUACCUUCCCGCCGGAGUGGUACCUAUUUAUCUACUUGCACCUUGACGUGCUUUCGAACUGCUAGGUUGGCAGGAGCAGGGACCGAGCAACGGGAGCUCACCCCGUCACGGGGAUUCGAACCGCCAACCUUCUGAUCAGCAAGCCCUAGGCUCAGUAGUUUAACCCACACAAGAUACUAAAUAAGAAGGGCUCUUACAUUUGGUCUGCAAGGUUUAGCCCUAUGUUCUUACUCAAGUGAGCAUGCCAGCCAGGCAAGCUGGUGCAAGCAAAGGGCAUGUAGUGUGAAGUCAAAUGGUAUGGCAUCACUGGGCUGUAUUUUCCACCCUGUUCUUCUUCUCCAAGCUGUGGCUGGAAGGUCUGUGUCCAAGGGGAGCAGGUCAUGAGUGACGAGGAAGUUUUGCCACAUACUAAAAGCAAAUUUCUGUUUUUGAUAUCUUAGCCUUCUGUUCCAGGUUAAUUAAUCCAGAGUGCCCCCACAAGUCAAAUUUAGUUCUCGUGGUUGGUAAUGCAGAUUUGAAAGUGCACUCUGUGCAAAAAGCAAAGAUGUCCUCAGAAAAGAUUAAACAUUAAACAGCAGCAGCAGCCUGCUUUGUGGGCCGUUGCAGUUGAUUGCCAGCAUGGAGGUGGCAGUCUGAGAAUUGCUGCAAAUGUCUGGCUCCUAGCCUACCUCUUCUGAACUCUUUGCAGCCUCCUCUCUUGAUGUACAAGCGCAGGAAGGGAACUUCCUUCAAUGUUAGCGCUCACAAUGAAGAACGAACUGUUUCCAGCUUGCAUACAGGAUCUAGGAGCUAACAGAGGAAGAGAGUGUUUGUGUGUUUUAACGGGACAGCAAAGUGACAUGGCUUGCCAAAGAACAAAUAGAAGUGAGGGCUGGUGGCGUAUACAUUUUCCAGGCAUGCCCUUCCAACAAGUCUAGAUAGUCUAGAGCUGUUUCUUGCACAGUGACUGCACUUCCAGUGCUGGGCUUUUAAUCCACGUUCCCACAAUGAUAUUCAAAGUGCAUAUGUAUUCUGUUCUUUGUUAUAAGGUACUACUGUUUGAUGCGCAUUUGGUUGUUUCUCAAAACAGCUUCGUCCUGUCUGCAGUCCAUAAGCCAUUCCUAAUUUGUCUCUUCGACGUGGGUGGCGCUGUGAGUUAAACCACAGAGCCAAUCAGAAGGUUGGCGGUUCGAAUCCCCGCGACAGGAUGAGCUCCCGCCGCUUGGUCCCUGCUCCUGCCAACCUAGCAGUUUGAAAGCACAUCAAAGUGCAAGUAGAUAAACAGGCGGGAAGGUAAACGGCGUUUCCGUGCACUGCUCUGGUUCGCCAGAAGCAGCUUAGUCAUGCUGGCGGAAGCUGUAUGCCAGCUCCCUCGGCCAAUAAAGCAAGAUGAGCGCCGCAACACCAGAGUUGGUCAUGACUGGACCUAAUGGUCAGGGGUCCCUUUACCUUUACCUUUAAUUUUUCUCUAGCCAACUUUGUACAGGGCAAAGAGACAUCCCUGCACAUCAAGACCCCUCGGUGUGUUCACUGUGCUCUAAAGUUGUAAUGUGAACACAUGCCUUUUGACUGCUUUGUGCAGUGGGCAGAAGAUGAGGUGGACUUUUCCUUCCCUGUAUGUCUUUUGUGGAUAUUUUCUGCUCACACAAAGGGCAAAGGAAUUGAUGUUGCAGGGAAGCUAGGAGAGGCCAGGUGGCAUGCAAAGGGGCUAGCCAAGAAGAGAGAGGCUAAGCAAGAAUGGAAGGUGUUGGAAACAUGGAGAAGGUUUAAAUGUCGAAUCCCGGUACGGUAGAGUAUCGUCAAUAGCGUUAGCUGGGAAACUGACAUGCCAACCCAAAACUGCCAGAGGAAAUACUAGUCCCUUAAAGGUAAAGGUAAAGGGGUAAAGAGACCCCUGACCAUUAGGUCCAGUAACGGACGACUCUGGGGUUGCGGUGCUCAUCUCGCUUUAUUGGCCGAGGGAGCCGGCGUACAGCUUCCAGGUCAUGUGGCCAGCAUGACUAAGCCGCUUCUGGCGAACCAGAGCAGUGCAUGGAAACGCCAUUUACCUUCCUGAUGGAGCGGUACCUAUUUAUCUACUUGCACUUUGACGUGCUUUCAAACUGCUAGGUUGGCAGGAGCAGGGACCGAGCAACGGGAGCUCACCCCGUCGCGGGGAUUCGAACCGCCGACCUUCAGAUCGGCAAGUCCUAGGCUCUGUGGUUUAACUACAGCACCACCCGCGUCCCUUUUAUUUUAUAAUAAAAUAAAAAUUUAGUCCCUUAUUAUUUUAUACUAAUUUUGUAAAAAAACAAGAAUGUGACAGAAAUCCUCCCACGGCAUAUGUAAGAAUGUGACAAGACCUUUUGGAAUAAUUUUUGAAAUGUUUAUCACAAGAUUUUGUACAUGCUGGUACACUGACCAGGAUGUGUUUGUAAUUUGUUGUUAUAUGAGUUCCUUAGUUUAUUCUUCUUGUUAUUCGAAAAACAAGGGGGGAAACCCCUUAUUUAAAAAGAAGAGAGAUGCUAGAAGACUUAAGGAUUUGGGAUGGGGCCAGGGGUAUUAGUAGUGCUAUUUUGCUAGCAAAAGAAGUGCCAGAACUCAUCAUCAGAACGCCUGCCUUGUUCUCUUAUAAUAGCAAUGGCACCCACCUGAGAGGUGCCGGAACUGAGUUCCGGAGAGUUCCAGCUGAAAAAAAGCCCUGGGUAUUUGUCAAUGAAAAGGUUGUCAUGGACCCCAGCAGAGACUGACGGCCAGUGUGGAUGUGUGGUGGAGUCCAAUGGCAAGACCGUGUGUGUGUGUGACUGAGCAUCAGUUUUUAUCUUGCUCUUCUUGCAGGAUGUUGGAGACAGGCACAACAAGAAGUAGUGCAGAAAGAGAUCCCUCAGAUUUUUGAGAUGACGUUUCAUAUUUGAGGUCAGGAACUAGUUUCCUCCCCAGAUGUGAUAAAUAUUUUGCCUCCCCACCCCACCCCAACCCUAAGCUUUAUCUGUGGCACUUGUGUGCUACACACAGGACACAGCACUCUCAGCUAAAGCUGCACAGAUUCCUGCAAUGGGAAAAUGUUUUCUCAUUGAAAUCAGUGAGACCUGAAAGUAACUAACAACAGGUGCGUUGUGACAGAUGAGGUUAAAUAGCAUCCUCUUCCCCCUCCCUCUGUCUGGCAGGACACCUGUUUUAUACACUAAACAAGCUGCAGUCAGACAGGGCCAAAAUACUUCUGACCAUUGUAUGACCUUCCACCAUCUUGCUCAACAAAGUACUAAGGGCCCCAAUAAACAUCUUUAUGUGGCUUUUGUGAACUUUAGCUAUGGCAUGUGAUUCAGCUGAGAGAAAUCACUUAUGUUGCAAGUUGGGUAACACUAAUAUAGAUAACUGCCUAUUGGCAGAACCCCAGAUAGUUACAUGUCAAGAGUAGAAAAAGCAAGUUUCCUCGCUAUCACAAGACUCUUGGAGAGACAAAGAAAUGGAAUGCUAAUUUAUUUAUGGUAAAUAUUUCUAAGCCAUACUUUCAUGACAGUACAGCAAAAAAAUCAAUAAAUGAUGGUUGGUUAAAAAAAGGGGACGGGGAAUUCACAUUGUGAUGGUUAAUCUAAGGUUACCAGAUGUCCCCGUUUCCCGGAUUUACAUAUCAGUCCCCAUACAAAAUCUAUUGAAGUUGAAAAGUGUCCCCAGAUUCAUUGAAAAAAAUCUGGUACCCUUAGGUUAAUCAUAGCUAAUAUGGUUAAACAAACUAAUAUAAUAAGGGUCAGAGAAGGCAGGCAACAGAAUAAUAAUUUUGUUCAUUUUAUUCUGGAAUAACAAAAUACAGGAUGCAGUUAACGCACACACCUUGAAAUGUAGAUUACCUUACUUUAAACUUAGCAAGUUACACACGAUGUCAUUUUUUGGGGGGUGGUAUGUUUGCACUAAAAUUGAUGUGAUUUUUAGUAGAAUCAUUUUGUAUAACCAAUUUAUAACUGUUAUGCAAAUUUGGGGAAGUAAUGAAAAUUUCAGUAUAUCACUUCCAGCCUUUAAGGGAACUUAAUGGAAAAAAUAUAGAUGGAAGCAAAAUAAAUGAUUCAGGUUUUGUUUAGGGCAGGAAAAUGGGCUGGGAUGAUUUGCAAAUUAUGAAUUUGGAAUCUCUACAGAAUUUUUUUUGAAGACAGUUUCCUCUCUUAGUCCUUCAUCAACUCUUAUUUAUGCAGAAGUUGCACUUUAACUGUGGUCCAAGUCCAGAAUGCUAUAAUUAACUCUUUUUUAAAUUCUGAAACUCUUCCAAUAGAUAUCUUUCUAAAUGUUAUCUUCAGACACAAUAAGAGACUUGCUCUAUUUGGUCACCCUUAAUGCAGAUGUUAAACUCAAAGAUAAAAUUUCUUUUAAAAGAAAGCACGUUGUCUGUUAGAGCAAUAAUUUCAAGUUCAAAAAUUUCCUGAUGAUUUUUGAUGUAUAUAAAUGAUGAUAUUUGCUUCAUAUUUGUUUCAUCUUUUCCUAUUUUUUAUAAUAUUUUUUAUUAGUUUUCAAUUACAGUGGUACCUUGGUUUUUGAACAGAAUGCGUUUUGGGUGUCUGUUCGACUCCUGGGACCGUUUGAAAACCAAAGCGUGGCUUCUGAUUGGCUGCAGGAGCGUCCUGCAGCUAAUUGGAAGCCGCGCUGGACAUUCGGCUUCUGAAAAUCAUUCGAAAACCAGAACACUCACUUCUAGGUUUCAGUCGUUCAGGAGCCGAUUUGUUCGAGAACCAAGGCAUUCGGCUUCCAAGGUACGACUGUACAGUCCAAUAAUAGCCUAAUUAUAACAAUACCAAUUUAUAAUACAAUUAUUAAUACCAAUUCAGAGCUAAAGAGCGGGUUUUCCCUAGGAAAGGAGCAGAGCAAGGGGAAAACCACUUGGACCUGGGCCUAGAAAGCAUGAGUCAAACGCAAACUGCUUGGACCCACGCUUUCUAGGCAUGGGUCAAGCGGAAGUGUAGGUGAGCCCUAGUCUUGACUUCCAAUUGCAGGACGUGGCUUGAGUCAUUUUAUGGAGCCAUCUGAAGCUAUUUGGUCUGCAAUCUGCUUUCUGUUGGGUUCAUGCUCUCUGCUUAUGGUGAAUUGUGGUGUGGAUUGCCAGUAAGCAAAUCUGUGGGGUGGAUGAACUGGUCACAUCUGGUGCCGCCCCCCAAGACCUUUCCAGCCCUGCCAGUCAACUCUAGAUCACCUAUUUAUGAAUCCAGAUUUCUCUCCUCACUUUAAGUGGCUACAGUUUGUGACUGUGAUCAUGUUUUAUUUAUUUUGCUCUCAGGCACUGAAGACAGUUUACACUGAUUGGGGAUUUAGACUGUUUUGAGGCAGUGUAGCCAGUUUUAUACUAACUACAGAGCGAGCUGAUGGCAUCAUGCUGUACCAGUGCUCCCAUUGGGGAUUAAAAUAAGGCAAGGUGGCCCUGUCAGAGAUUGGUGGGGAAGCUGUAAAUAAAGGCUAAUGAGGUAUAAGAUUAGGCAUCGCCAUUGUGAAGUCUAUAUUUCUAGCCCAUCAGAUGGUUGCAGGCAAAGUAACUCUACAGAUAAUAAAGGCAACUGAGAUUGGCUUUAUUAAAUAUAUUUCAAGACAACAGUCUGGAUUAAUACGAUACGAUUAUCUUUAUUGUCAUUGUCCCAUACAGAACAACGAAACUUGAAAAAUCUACAUCAGACAUUCAAAAACCAACAAGCCUGCUAUCCCAGCUAUCCCAACCUGGUUAGCCCCCUAAAAACUCUGAUACCCCAUUUUUAAAUACAAUGUACUCCCAUAGAGACUCCUUAUACUGCGUUUAAAACCAAAGUCCCAUUUGGGUAGAAACUGUUUCUCAGGCGGCUAGUCCUAGUCUUUAUAACCCUGUACCUUCUUCCAGAAGGCAGAAGCUGAAAGAGAUCAUUUCUGGGGUGCGCACUAUCCUGCGCUAUAUGUGCAGCUUUCUUAUGGCACCUGGAAGCAUAGAUUUGAUCCAAGGUGGGAAGAGUGCACCCAGUUAUUCUCUCCGCAGUCUUUACAACCCUGGACAGCAUUGUUUUUUCCUUGACUGUGCAGCUCCCAAACCACACACACAAACCAUAAGUUAAUACACUCUCAACAGUACAAUGGUAAAAUGCCAUCAAUCAAAUAAAGAAUUAAUAAACCAUUUAUUAUAAGAGGUGAGAUGCAACACAACCAGACAUCGGGAAGACCUUUCUGGCACAAAGAUAGGCCAGUCUGGGAAACCGCCGACCUUGAGAGAAUAGCAAAUAAGAUAUGGUUGACACAUAGAUAGAUCUAUGUGUGGGUUAAUUUCACAACAUAUGCCAGUACUUCAGGAAAUGAACAAUCCACGCAUCAGUGUUUGGCUCAACAUGGUUGAUCUACAUUUAUAUUCAAACAUAUAUAUAGUGUUGUUCUACUAAUGAACACAGGAAGUGGGUUCAAAGUGAAGAUUAAUUUAUCUUCACCUUGAACCCACUUCCUGUGUUUGUGAGUAGAACAACACUUUAUAUUGCUUCAUUGGUAACCUAAUAGGAAAAAUGACUAUUACUCAUACUUAACCUAAGCACAACCAUAAGUGCUCCUGAUCAGGCAUUCAGCUAUGCGAUGUUGAAUGUUAUUUGUUAACUCUGUUCUAUCCUGCUUCCCCUUUGUUUUGUUGUUUUUUUGUUUAAACCAAUUCAUGAACCAAAAACUUCUGUGUUGGCCACUGAUGAUGAACCAUAUGUUGUAGAUAUUACUGACAUUUUAUUGUGCUGUUUUUGCGAUACGCAAACAACAUGAGAGGACUUGGGACUGUUGAGGGGGAAUACAGUUGCAGGCACAAUCUUGAUAAAGGCCGCAACCAGGAGCAAAGGGCUAAAGCCCUCUACCCUCAAAACUAGGGUCCUAAUCCAGAUUAUCUUGGACCAUUUGUGUCCUAGCACCCAAAAAAUAAAUAUAUUUUUAAGGCACAGCUACACGGCCCAGAUACCAGUGGUACCUCGGGUUAAGUACUUAAUUUGUUCCGGAGGUCCGUACUUAACCUGAAACUGUUCUUAACCUGAAGCAUCGCUUUAGCUAAUGGGGCCUCCUGCUGCUGCUGCUGCUGCUGCCGCGCCGCCGGAGCACAAUUUCUGUUCUCAUCCUGAAGCAAAGUUCUUAACCUGAAGCAGUAUUUCUGGGUUAGCGGAGUCUGUAACCUGAAGCGUAUGUAACCUGAAGCUUAUGUAACCCGAGGUAGCACUGUAAUGUGUGCUGUAUGGACUGUUGGCUGGCUUUGGCUGGGAAUAAAAAAUUUUCAGGGGUGGAGGUCUGGCUGGGCAAGACGGUGAGUUGACAACAGGAUUGUUUAGGUUUAUGAAGCAAGCUGCUGAAAUAUGGCUGUUAAUUCCACCCCCAGCUGAUUUUGUUGUUGUUGUUUAGUCAUUUAGUCGUGUCCGACUCUUCGUCACCCCAUGGACCAGAGCACGCCAGGCACUCCGGUCUUCCACUGCCUCCUGCAGUUUGGUCAAACUCAUGCUGGUAGCUUCGAGAACACUGUCCAACCAUCUCGUCCUCUGUCGUCCCCUUCUUCUUGUGCCCUCCAUCUUUCCCAACAUCAGGGUCUGUUCCAGGGAGUCUUCUCUUCUCAUGAGGUGGCCAAAGUAGAUUUUAAUAUUGUGUUAUUUUUAUUUUGUGUAACACACCCUGGGACCUUAUGGCAAAAGGGCAGGUUAGAAAUGCGAUGGAACAAAUAAAUAGAUGGAAAUGUGGUCAAAGGCUCAGUAAUUAGUGUGGUUGAAGACUGCAGCUCUGCCACAAAUCCCUAUUUUCUUGGAAUCCUUCAGUUCUGUCACCCUAGCCUUUCAAAGCUCUGGUGGAGGAGGGGACACUCUUAUCUUAAGCAAAAAAUGAUGUACUGUAACUGAUGGAUUUCUGCAUGCAAAUAGGCUUGGUACACAGGAUUUCCUUUCUAUUUAUUUUUGGCACGGUUUGCCCAUAUUUCUGUUCAGGCUUUCUGUUUGUUGUUUCGUAACUCUUAAUUACCUGCUACAUUGGGAGUUUGUUUUCCCUACGAAGUGGCAUGUUAUUUUUGGAAAUUGCCUCCUAAUCUGCAAGGAAGCACAUUUCCUGGUAACAAAGUUAGCAUCCAUCCACCACCUUCUGAUUUGGUAGCAUAUUUUUCCUGGACUUCAGUUUACUCUAGCAUGCAGUUUUUGUAUGAGGUUGGGAACUCUUACACUUGUGGACUUCUUGUUACAUUUUGAGGACCUAUUCUUUCAUAUCCUUGAGGUAUCAAAACACAGAGGUUACAGCCGAUUGGAUUCCUUUUCUGUCAUCAGCUAGAAGUGGAAUUUAAAAGGGCGAUCCUUUUAUCCUGUUUACUCAGAAGUAGGGAUGGGUGAAAUUGUCAGUUCUGGGUUCUCUCUAUUUUUCAUUGUUCCAGCCUUAAGUUCACAUUUCCACAUUAGUUUGCCAUUCAAACAAACAAAAUCUCAUGAAAAUUCAUCCACAUUUUAUUGCAAAUCUCUCCAAAUUUACAUUUUUUUUAUGUAAUUUUGCUUAAUAUACAUAUUUCUGCAGACCAUUUUUCCUUAAUAUAAUGGGUUGUUGUAUGUCAUUUUCACUAAUACAGUGGUACCUCGGGUUACAUACGCUUAAGGUUACAUAUGCUUCAGGUUACAUACGCUUCAGGUUACAGACUCUGCUAACCCAGAAAUAGUGCUUCAGGUUAAGAACUUUGCUUCAGGAUAAGAACAGAAAUUGUGCUCCGGCGGUGCGGCAGCAGCAGGAGGCCCUAUUAGCUAAAGUGGUGCUUCAGGUUAAGAACAGUUUCAGGUUAAGAACAGACCUCUGGAACGAAUUAAGUACUUAACCUGAGGUACCACUGUAUAUGCCUUUUUGUACACGUUACUUGACUGGAGAUUUGAAAGGACGGCUGUGGUUUGUUUUCUCUUCCUGUUUUGGAAAAUGCAAUUCAUCUUUAAAUGCAGGUUGAAGCAAAUUUCUACACCAUCCCUAGUCAAAAGCAAAUAGCAUUCAGCAGCACCCUGCAACUUUGCACACUUCUUCCUUGCAGCUUUUGCCUCCAAUUGCUUCCUGUUAAAGUGGCAUGGCAUUAGUGAUGAGCUGCCCUUUAAUUAGUAAGAUCUCAUUCCUUGGGGUGGGGAUGGAGAGCUUCAAACAGUCUUUCCCUCCCAUUGUUUUUUUUCCUUUUUUUAUUUCAUGGCGAAAUACUGACAUUUCACACUUUAAUAAAGGAAAAGGAAAACCUCAGUAAAUCAAGCCACUCUCUUGCAGGGAACAGGAACUAACCAGUUAAUGGUCAAUGGCACUAAUGCAACGCCGUCCUGAACAGGAAGCAAUUAGAGACAGAAGCUACAAAGUGAAAGUUUCUGAUUGAGACACAGAAGCCCUAAAAUAUAUAUAUAUAUAAACUCCAAUACAAGCUGGUGCCACAGUUGCAUUGGCCGGGGGGGGGCAGGUAGAAAUCAUCACCAUAGGCCUGAAAAUGAUGGGAGGACAACAGCAGCCACAGCAAUUUAAAUGCAGCAGGUUGGCCGUAACAUUGCCUAGAUUCCGCAUAACAAGCAAGUGGUUGCAGACUAAAUCACUAGUGUGGAAUCAACUAGGAAGCUACAAUGGUAGUAAGCCUUUUGGAUUAUCACUUUGACCCAGGGCUCUGUCCUAGACCACCCUGCUACCAAACACCUAAAGAGUUCCCCUGUACAGUGGUACCUCUGGUUACGUACUUAAUUUGUUCUGGAGGUCCGUUCUUAACCUGAAACUGUUCUUAACCUGAAGCACCACUUUAGCUAAUGGGGCCUCCUGCUGCUGCCACACUGCUGGAGCACGAUUUCUGUUCUCAUCCUGAGGUAAAGUUCUUAACCCGAGGUACUAUUUCUCAGUUAGCGGAGUCUGUAACCUGAACCGUCUGUAACCUGAGGUACCACUACUAUAAAUAGAGCCCUCAUUUAUUCAUUUCAGGGGGUGGGGGUGGGGAGUGGGAAGCCAUCCAUAUUUCUACCUUGUCUCAUACAUAUAUUCAGUGAAAGGUGCAUUUAGAACCGAGUGUACAAUAUUUUUUUUAAAAUGUGUUUGCAUCUGUACAAUUCACCCACGCCACCUGUUUUGAUCUGAUCGGCUUCUUUCCAGUUUCAUUAUGAUAAGGGUUUCCUCCAUCUGUAGGUUUUGGGUUAUUCUGGGCAGUCCCUGGGGAAGUGGGGGCACUUCUGAUUUUACUACUCCCUAACUCCUUGAUCUGUGAUGAGAACUGUAUCUAGCAGAUUGUGCUGCUACUGCUCUCUUUUUGGCUUCUUAAAAAUGUAUAUUUAAAAGUAUUACAGGGGAAAAGAAGGAAGGAUUUCGGUGAUAACGGAUUCAUCCCCUAUUAUAGAAAAUAAAAAUAACAAUCAACCGUUUUGCUGUUAUAUUUCAAAAUUUCAGUAAAGAUACUGACAGAAUGGUUCAGUCUCUGUUAAAUGUGAGAAAGCUUUUACUUAUUACAUUGUAAAUUGUUGAUUAUUGUUGGAUGGAAAGGCCUUCUUGCAAAAUUUGAAAACAUAAUGUUGAUAAUAAAUAAAUAAAGUGGAAGAGUCAUGUCUAAAAAGUGUGCUGUUGGUUUAAACCUGAAACUGCAAUAAUCACGGAGAGGAUGAAAUUCCCCAGCUCCUCUGCCAGCGCCCAUAGGUGCUUCAAAGCCAGCCAAAACUAAUCAUUUAGCUCAGUUGGUUACAGUGUGGUGCUGAUAACACCAAGGUUGCAGGUUCGAAUCCCUGCAUGGGACACCUGCAUAUUCCUGCGUUGCAGGGGGUUGGACUAGAUGAUCCUCAGGGUCCCUUCCAACUCAUACAGUUCUAUGAUUCCGUCACUGUGCUUUUGCUAUCUUGAGGAGAGAGCACAAUGGAGCUACCACAAUCUCCUUUCCUGAUUUUUAAGGGCUGAAAAAUGCAGCAAUGGCAGGCAGUGGUGUGCUGGAUACACACACUUAUUUAAUGAGACAAUAAAUUGCAAUUAAAAUUUAUCAGAAGGAGAAAAUUUUAGUGAAAUUCUCAUGAGCCAGGUGCAGGGUUUUUGUUGCACUUACUUUACUUUUGGGGUGGCAGAGGGGUGCUCUGAAGCACCCUUUCGCCCAUCCUACAAAUCAGCUCGCCAUUGGUCUGCACCCUGCAGCCCUCCCAGGUGCACAUACUUCAUGAGGUCGCUCCUUCCUGUGUGGCGUUUUCAGAUGAGAACGACUGGGCAGCCAGGGAAGCAGCAAAGGAAAAAUGCACCUGCCAUGCUUGACCUUCUUGCAAUAAUAAGAUACACUCAAAACCUCGCUUCUAUCAGAAGUCUGAAGAAAUUCUAAAACGUAUUGAGGAUGAGACCAAAACAACCCCCAAAAAGGAAAUGGCUGCUUUGCAAGACCUUUCAGAAACUGCAGGGCAGAUUUCAGCACAGCGCUAGUGCCAAGGUUUUGGUGGCUGCCCGUCUGUCUGGGACCAACCAAGAUGGACCGUUGAAGGUACCCAGAAACUGUGUGCUUACCUGUAUCUAUGUAUUCCACCACCACCCCUUUGCAGGUAGCAGCCUCUUUGAAGGAGCAAGAAUUCACAGAGGUUUGGGGGAAGAAAGCAAAGGAGAGCUUCGGCAACAUCUGGCAGAACUUCACUGAUCCUCAGCUGAAGGAGAUCGUCAGAUCCAUCCAAACCCUGGGACCCUCCAACCUACCCAUGGAUAAGCGGCAACGGGUAAGGACACAACUCCAGACAAAGGGAGUCUACACCUGCGCGGUGGGUAUGGAUGAUUCAGGCUUACAUACUAAGCAGCAUAUGUAAGGUAAAGGUAAAGGGACCCCUGACCAUUAGGUCCAGUCAUGGCUGACUCUGGGGUUGCAGCGCUUAUCUCGCUUUAUUGGCUGAGGGAGCCGGCGUAAAAUUCCAGGUCAUGUGGCCAGCAUGACUAAGCCGCUUCUGGCAAACCAGAGCAGCACACAGAAACGCCGUUUACCUUCCCGCUGGAGUGGUACCUAUUUAUCUACUUGCACUUUGACAUGCUUUUGAACUGCUAGGUUGGCAGGAGCAGGGACCGAGCAAGAGGAGCUCACCCUGUCGCGGGGAUUCGAACCGCCGACCUUCUGAUCGGCAAGUCCUAGGCUCUGUGGUUUAACCCACACUGCCACCCGCAUCCCUUAAGCAGUACAUAAAUUGUUAAAAUAAAUAAACUACAAAUACAUAAAUAAAUUCCUAGUGACAUCUCUGAGGAAGCUGAUUAUCUGCUGGGGUAAGGUAAAGUAUGUUCCAGCUCCAGCCUUUUGGGACUCCACAAACUACAUUAGCAGUGCAAUUUUAUAUAGGUCUACUCAGAAGUCCCAUUAGGCUCAACAGGGCUUAACUCCCAAGUCAGGGGAUAUAGCAUUUGCAGCCUGGUGUUGAAGUCUCCGCCAAAGGAGCCAUUUGUGUUAUUCUUCAUCUUAGAUCAUAUGCAGCAUCCAAAAGUCAUGGUAAGGUUGGAGGGAGAGACCAAAGAAUGUAUGUAAGCUACUGCAGGGCUGCCCCACGAGCACUAGUGACUUGUGUCAGAGAGACUGGCCAUGGAGGCUAAAUUCCUGCUAAGUUUCCCAAAUAUGCCAUGGAGAUAAGUGAAGCAUUUAGCAGCAAAUUCUGCCAAGCCAGAGAGCGAGAGAGAGAGACAGCUCAAAAGAGUUCUUAUCCCCUCCUGCUAGUAAUCCAUCCUCUUUGCCUGUUCUUAGUGUUCUGCAGCUAAUUCUUUCCAACUAGUCUAGUGGAGCAUGUAAAGCAAUUUCACAGUGAUGUUGCUUCAAACUGGAAAGAGAGUCCCUCAGUCCUUUUUUUUUUGAGUUCUAUGGAUAGAAUGAUCUGACCAUCAUCCCUGUACGGGAAUCCCUGUUGUUUUAAUCCAAGGUCAAACUAGGUGGUCGCUCGUUUCUAAAUUUUAGCAAUUGUGGCAGCAUAGCAGUGGUUAACAGUUCCCCCCAAUGGGCAAACGGCAGCUUUGUGGAGUGAUUUUCAGUGGGAAAAUAGCUAGCUGCGGCGUUUAUGCAUCAUUUCCUCAGCCUCAGGGUCCCGAUCCAAAUGGGAUGCUGUUGCCCUGAAUUUAUCGGUAUGUACCAGCAGAAUAUGGGAACAUAAAACGGACUGGAUUUCUUUUCCUUUUUAAAAAAAUCAUUUUUAUUAAACAAAAAAAGAAAACUUUUUUAAAAAGCAUGUUAUUAUUAACUGUUUGGUUCGUUGCAAAAUUCCCAACUGCUAAAUAAAAGUUUAAAAGUUUGAAAAAUGUAAUUUAUAACACAGGAAAGAAAAGAGAGAAGGAAAAAGGGGGCAUUAUCCUUUGCAUGCCAACAUGUUAUAGAAGCCUAAAAAGGUAAAGGUAAAGGACCCCUGACAGUUAAGUCCAGUCGCGAAUGACUCUGGGGUUGUGGCGCUCAUGUCACUUUACUGGCCAAGGGAGCCGACAUUUGUCCACAGACAGUUUUUCUGGGUCAUGUGGCCAGCAUGACUAAGCUGCUUCUGUUGAAACCAGAGCAGCGCACAGAAAUGCCGUUUACCUUCCUGCCACAGUGGUACUUAUUUAUCUACUUGUGCUUUCAAACUGCUAGGUUGGCAGGAGCUGGGACCGAGCAACGGGAGCUCACCCUGUUGCGGGGAUUUGAACUGCCGACCUUCUGAUCGGUUUAGACCACAGCGCCACCCACGUCCCUACUUUCCCAUAAAUCCAUCAGUCUACAUGCCUAAGAAACAUGUUGUAUUAUCAAGGUGAUCCAACACCCUGAGGGCUACAUUCCGCCCGCAAGGCCUUUUCUUGGUGGCCCCGGGCAACAUUUGAUGGCCCCCUCAAGCCCUUGCGCUGCCUUCCCAAGCCGUGAGGCUUUGACAGGUCCUAGAGUCGUCCCGUCUCCUUCCCAAAGCCUAGUUAGUGCUUUCCAAGCUUUGGGAAGGAGGUGGGAGGGCUCUAGGACCCUGCAGAGCUUCGUGCCUCCUUCCCAAAGCCCAGGUUCCCUCUUCUCCAGCUUUGGGAAGGCAGAGCAAGGGCUGGGGGGCAUCAGAUAUUGGCCUUGCUCCCCCCCCCCCACGUCUGUAUGCAUAAUAAAUACAAAGCAAUGCAAGCUUAAAUAAGGGAGCAAACAGUGUGUGAAGAUAGCACAUUCUAUCAUAAGUUAAAGGAAAGCAUAUUAUUAUUCCUCUUUUUUAUAUCUUUACCUAGAAAAAAUUUCAUUAAAAGGGGGGGGGGGAGGAAAAUAAUUGUCUGCUAUUCCAGAUACAACUAGCAUAUUUCAUGGGGGCUGUUAUUAUUGAUGUUGUUUUUAUUUUCAAACAAGAUAAAGCUCUGCCAUUUAUUCGAAAAGGGCUGGAUUUGAAUAUUAUCUUCCUGCUGUUCCUAUAUGGGUACAGCUAAGACGCUUAGUUGUAACCAAGAAAGAACAAAUUACGCCCCCCCCCCCCAAAUCCCCUACUCCUCAUUCUCCUGCUUGAUAAGAAAGAAUACGUGAGUUUAAUUUACUCCUGCCAGUCUGGUUCCCAGGGCAAGAAGCCAGUUUGUGGAAUUGAUUUUUUUUAAAACAAACAAAACAAACAAAACUAUUAAAAAACAUGGGAACUGUAGCUGAGACUGUAGUUGCAAUGAUGACAAAUAUUUCAUUUUGCCUUCCCCCCCCCAAAGAAACUGUCAUAAAGUUGUUCCUUGUACUUUCAGAGUAAACAUAUCCCAACCCAUCCAAAGCUUGUUUUGUGAAUGGAAAACCAAUCUGAACUUUGUUUAUUUUUGAGUUGAUAUAAGGAAAGAUUAAAAAUAAAACAAACAGCUGCAUAGCAGAGUACAUCUGCAAGCUAGGAAUUCUACCCAAGUGGCUUUUGUUCAGUGUCUUUUAUAUAAAUAGUCUUUUACUAACUUUAACUUGGUGAUAGAGGAGCAUGGAAAGCUGCCUUUAGUGAGUCGGACCACUGAGCUACACAUUGUUGGCGUUGAAUGGCAGCAACCUUCCAGGGGUUCAAAGAGGGUUUCUUCCCAGCCCUAGCUGGGGUUCUCAGGGAUUGAACCUGCGACCUUCUGCAUGCAAAGCUUUGCUGCCGAGCUUCUCCGGGGACUAGCUCAGCUUUGUUAGCACACCAUCAGCCAGUGGUACCAAAUACCCAUUCUGGCCACCUGGGAUUCUGCACUGGAAAGGCACAAAGAGUGUGGCAGAAUGGGAGCUCACAGCCCCAGAUCCUGGCGAGUUGACCCUUCACUACCUAUUAAUGAAAGACACAGCCAACAAGAAGGCCCACAUGUCCCAGAUGAUUGGCUGCAGUGCACCUUAUGAACCCUACAGCUCUAACUUGACCUCUUUUCCAAACACAAUUCAAAGUGUUGGUGCUGACCUUUAAAGCCCUAAACGGCCUCGGUCCAGUAUAUCUGAAGGAGCUUCUCCACCCCCAUCGUUCUGCCCAGACACUGAGGUCCAGCACCGAGGGUCUUCUGGCGGGUCCCUCGCUGUGAGAAGCCAAGUUACAGGGAACCAGGCAGAGGGCCUUCUCGGUAGUGGCACCCACCCUGUGGAACACCCUCCCACCAGAUGUCAAAGAGAAAAACAACUACCAGACUUUUAGAAGACAUCUGAAGUCAGCCCUGUUUAGGGAAGCUUUUAAUGUUUGACAGACUAUUGUAUUUUAAUAUUCUGUUGGAAGCCGCCCAGAGUGGCUGGGGAAACCCAGCCAAAUGGGCAGGGUAUAAAUAAUUGUAGUCGUUUCGUCGUGUCCGACUCUUCGUGACCUCAUGGACCAGAGCACGCCAGGCACUCCUGUCUACCACUGCCUCCCACAGUUUGGUCAAACUCAUGCUGGUAGCUUCGAGAACGCUGUCCAACCAUCUCGUCCUCUGUCGUCCACUUCUCCUUGUGCCCUCUAUCUUUCCCAACAUCAGGGUCUUUUCCAGGGAGUCUUCUCUUCUCAUGAGGUGGCCAAAGUAUUGGAGCCUCAGCUUCAGGAUCUGUCCUUCCAGUGAGCACUCAGGGCUGAUUUCCUUCAGAAUGGAUAGGUUUGAUCUUCUUGCAGUCCAUAGGAUUCUCAAGAGUCCUCCAACACCAUAAUUCAAAAGCAUCAAUUCUUCGGCGAUCAGCCUUCUUUAUGGUCCAGCUCUCACUUCCAUACAUCACUAUUUGGAAAACCAUAGCUUUAACUAUACGGACCUUUGUUGGCAAGGUGAUGUCUCUGCUUUUUAAGAUAAAUAAAUUAUUAUUAUUAUUAUUAUUAUUAUUAUUAUUAUUAUUAUUAUUUCCCUUGGUGCCCAGUCUUACUCCCUGACACUUAUUACCUUUCUCCCCACCCCCUGCCCCGGAGUAUUAUACCUACUCGAGAUGGUUAUCAAAGCACUUGCUAACUCCUUUUGCUCCCUUUCAUGUUCUCAUGUGCCCUGAAUGCAGGCACGCUUCACAAUCUCUUCUUCCAGCAAUCAGCCCUCAUCCUAACACAACUCCCUUCCCCCACCACUGUGCCAUUUUUUUUUUUCAGAACUCCUUUCGUCUCUUAUAUAAAGGUAAAGGUACGCCUGACCAUUAGGUCCAGUUGCGGACGACUCUGGGGUUGCGUGCUCAUCUCGCUCUAUAGGCCGAGGGAGCCGGCGUUUGUCCGCAGACAGCUUCCAGGUCAUGUGGCCAGCAUGACUAAGCCGCUUCUGGCGAACCAGAGCAGCACAUGGAAAUGCCGCUUACCUUCCCGCUGGAGUGGUACCUAUUUAUCUACUUGCACUUUGACUUGCUUUUGAACUGCUAGGUUGGCAGGAGCUGGGACCGAACAACGGGAGCUCACCCCAUCACGGGGAUUUGAACCGCUGACCUUCCAAUUGGCAAGCCCUAGGCUCUGUGGUUUAUACCACAGUGCCACCCGCGUCCCUUAUAUACCUUCUCUUAUAUACCUCUUACAUAUAUACCUCUUCUCUUAUAUGCCUUACCCUAAACAGAGGCGGACUUUGGCCUUUCAGAUUUCAGAAACUCCAAAAUUGAGCACCCCCUAUGCCUCUCAUCUUCCAUUCUGCUGAAUUCACUACGUCAUAGUUGCAGCGCCCAGUGUGGUGGAACUGGUCACACUGCCCAAAAUCCACCUCUGCCCUGAAGGCCGAUGCAAUGCUGGCCUCCUCCUUUCCAAAUUCCGCUGUUAUCUGUCCUUGCUCGCCACUCUCCCCUCCCAUCGCUUUUUAAGCUGUAAAGAAUUGAUUCUAUACACCUCUACUGCCCCCUGCCACCCACUUUGCAUUUCCCAUUUUCUCCCAGCCCACACUGAAUUUCAGGCCUGCCUCCUCUUGUUCCUUUGACCGUGCAUGCCUUGGCCAGGUUAUGGUGGUGAGAACACCAGAGUCCUGACUUCCACUCAAUGGUGUGUAGAGUGGUCUGAUCAGGGUCUUGAUGGUGCAGGCAGCAUUGUCACAUCAAAGUCAUGUGAGAAGGCUUUUAUGCUGAAACAAAAGGGACUCGCCCAAUAGUUUUGUACUUUCAAUAAUGCAAGAUUACAGGGAAAACGAAGAUGUUUUUGGUCCCGUUCCUGACUUGGCUGGCUACAGACACCUAAGUUUCAAGUUCAUCAUAAAAUAAAUACUCAGGAAGCCUGUGUUUGAGGCAGCCUCCCUGGGUGUCCUUGCUGUUGCCACCCGGCAGCCAUUCUCUGUUGAAACUGUGAUAGAUUAUAGGGUACAAAGCAGACCUGAGGUGUGGAACAGGUAACAAUGUGGCUGGGCCGAAAAGGAGUGACUUCGUAGAACUAGCAGGUAUGGGACUAUCACACUAACUUGGACUAUUUAUCUUUCCUUUCUAAGUAUAACACUAUUCUGAGUGAGAUGGACAAUAUCUACUCCACUUCCAAAGUAUGUCUGCCAAAUCAGAAUUCCAGCUGUUGGGCUCUAGAACCAGGUGUGUAUCUUCCUGUUCUUUCAACACUGGAACACCUCAAGGGGGAGGUGAUUUGUUGAGAUCUGAGGGUUGUGUCAGAAAUACCACAAAUCCCAUGGUCACAGAUAACUGUGACAAUGUAGUGGCAUAAAAUGUCACAUGCUUGCUUUGAUGUUUACAAAUAUUUACGUGGUGCUUAUCGUGCCACAGAUUGUCUUGGUUCAUAUUCUACAGCACUUGUGGAACAUGUGGCUAUCCAGCUGUUGUUGUUGUUGUUGUUGUUGUUGUUGUAUUAUUCCAACUCCUAGCCACUCUAGGAAGCUAACACAGCCAAUGGUGAGGGAUAGUGUGAGCUGUAGUCCAGAAACACUCAGAGACCCGUAAGUUCUCAACUCCUGUUCAACAGUAUGCUUAUUUUUCAAGUGUGAGACCAUCUUGCCCCCACAACUCUUGACGCAACUCUUGAGGAGUCUGAUUGAUUUGGAGCUCUUAAAAAUGAUGUCUUCCUUUAAAGUGUUUCAGCCAUUUAUUUGGCCACCAAAUGUAUCACUGUACAUUGAUAAGGGCUAGAAUAGAAAUUAUGUGUAGCAGCUGUGUCCAAAGAUUUACAUACAGUGGUACCUUGAGUUAAGUACUUAAUUCGUUCCGGAGGUCUGUUCUUAACCUGAAGCACCACUUUAGCUAAUGGGGCCUCCUGCUGCCGCCACGCCGCCGGAGCACGAUUUUUGUUCUCAUCCUGAAGCAAAGUUCUUAACCCAAGGUAAUAUUUCUGGGUUAGCGGAGUCUGUAACCUGAAGCGUAUGUAACCUGAAGUGUAUGCAACCCGAGGUACCACUGCAUUUCAAAAACUAGGGCACUUUUGAGAGAAGUUACAAGCGCUCAGCUGCCAGCAAACCCAGAAUUAGUGUUUCCCAAUUUGAAAGACAGAAACUAGUGCUGUUGAGAUGCUUCUCAAUCUACCACCAAAUCAAAAAUAGCCCCAAACUGGAGGGGAGGUGACCCCUUUGUCCCUGAACAAUAAUACUGAAUAAAUAGCACUGCCCUUAUGAUGAGGUACAUCACCCACAAAAUGGGUUCUUUUCAACCUAUGACCAUUUUCUGUGUUUUUUGUUUUUGUUUUUUUGUUCCUGGUCUCUUCUCCUGCACUCACUUCUCAGAGAUAACGGACAUCAUGGCCACCUCUCGCAAUUACAGGAAACUGCUCUAUGCCUGGGAAGGGUGGCACAACGCAGCCGGCAAUCCUCAGCGGCCCAAGUAUCAGGAAUUUGUUGAACUGAGCAACGAGGCCUACAAAAUGGAUGGUGAGAUGCUUUAAAUAUGGAUUGGGGGGUGGAAAUAGGAAAUGGGCCACUCAUGGGGUCGAAAGACCGCCUUACGAAGAAAGCUGCAAGCAGCUGGGGCAUUUUACCUUAGGCAAAAAAAGGUGAUUGAAAGCUUCAGAGAAAGCUUGAAUAUUGUCGCUCCCCCUACUGCCCUCCUUUUAGAAAUGUAUUCCCCAUGUUUCCUAAGAGAGGACCCAUUUGGACAAUGGGUCUGCAAUGCCAGAGUGAAGCCACUGUGAUCUGAUGAUUUAUGGUGUGUUACCUCAGCACGCACAUUCUCAACUGAUUUCCAUCCCAUUUUGAAAAUAUUUGAGGGAAUGGUGAGCAUGUGUCAACGUGUUUAGGAGAGGGUCAUCACUGCAACAAUGAAUUUUGACUUACCCCGCCACACAACUGUUAUGUACUGAAGUUCUCACCCUGGGCCAGCAGGGGGAUACUGUAGAUAGUUAUGCAAAUAAGGGAUUGAAAGUGACGUUCAGUGAUUGGACAGUUACAGAAAAUGGUUACUGUUGCGUUGUAGUGGAGCUCUAUAUAAGCAGGCUGGCUGAACCCUUCAGUUCAGUUCUGUUCUGGCCUGUGAAUAAACAAGAGCUGUUUGAAGAAUCACUGUGUCAUCUGAUAUGUUCACUCACAACUUAACAACAACCAUGCCAAAAAUGAUCAUGUGAAUUGGCUUUCAGUUUGUGGUUGUGUGCUCUGUGCCUUUAGAACAGACAGACAUUGAACAACAUGGAUAUAUGAUGUGGUGGGGGGAUGAUUCUCCAACCUUGUGUUGAGAUUAUGCAUGUGUGACUUCCUUUGGGUUCUGUGCUCUUGUUGGCGUCCAGGCUUCAAGGAUACCGGUGACUAUUGGCGUUCCUGGUAUGAUUCACCAACUUUCGAGGAUGACCUGGAGCAACUCUAUCACCAGCUGGAGCCCCUUUACCUAAACCUGCAUGCUUUUGUCAGGAGGAAACUGUAUGAGCGCUACGGCCCUACGUACGUCAACCUGAAAGGCCCCAUUCCAGCUCACUUACUAGGUAAGAUGGCAAUAAAAAAGGGGAUGAAGUGGAAGUCAUGCUAGAGAAAAUCAUGAUGGCUCAUUUCUGAAUGCAUGAAGUGUCCUGCCACACUCUACACAGGCUGACCACUUGGUCUGCUUGAAGCUGUCAUGCCAAAGAGUGAACAGGGUCCAUUUCUAUUGAGUCUCAACAGUGCUAGAGAUGAUGAUGAUCUAGUCGCUUUUCUCACAAAUGUGACCCAAAGCGAUUUACAGUGGACGCUCGGGUUGCGAACGUGAUCCGUGCGGGAGGCACUUUCGCAACCCGCAGCACCGCAUCUGUGCGUGCGUGGGGUGCGAUUCGGUGCUUCUGCACAUGCGCAAAGCGCAAUUUAGUUUUUUUGUGCAUGCGCGAGUGCCGAAACCCGGAAGUAACCUGUUCCGGUACUUCCGGGUUUGGCGCAGUGUGCAAUCCGAAAAUGCGCAACCUGAAGCGUCUGCAACCCGAGGUAUGACUGUACAAACAAAAUUGAAAUAGGGAAAAAAAAAACAGUUGCAACAAACAAAACCAAUAGAAACCUUAAAAACCAAUAUCUAUAGCAAUAAAACUGUGGUCUUAAAGAUCCUAUUCCACUGCAAGAAGCCACAAAUGCUUUAAAAAACAUCACAUCAAGGGCUAAAAGUCCAGGUAAAAAGGGGGGGGAAUGCAUGACACCUAAAACCAGGUAAAGAUUACGGGAUCAUAGCUCGGUCAGUAGUCAGCAGAGCCUCCGUAUGGGGAGAACAUUCCACAAGGGGAGAGCCAUCACUGAAAAGGCCUAUUCUCACGUUGCCACCCUCCAGACCUGUGUACACAGGGGAACACAGUGAAGGGCCUCAGAUGACGAUCAAAGGGUUGGACUUGUAUGAGGAGAUGUGGUCCUUGAUGUAUUGGGGUCUUACACAGCUUCCCUGCACUUUGAAUGGAGCCUGGAAACUAAUUCGUAGCCAGUGCAGUUGUGGAAGAAUUGGUGUAAGUUUCGCCUGUCCUGGUCAACAAUCUGGACAGCAAAUUCUACACCAGUUGCAGUUUCUGAACCAUCUUCAAAGGCAGCCCCAUUUAUAAUGUGUUGCAGUAAUCCAGCCUAGAGGUUGCCAGAGCCUAGACCAGAGGUUUUCCACCUUUUUGAGUCCACUGCUCUCUUGACUAACUACAUUAUUUCUGUGGCACCCCUAUGAGUUUGAGGCAGUCCUUCCAAAAUGCAUCUUCCAAAGGGUGGGAGAAUAAUGUUCACAAUAAGCAUAAUCUCUCACUCUCAUAAAAGCCUUGGAGUAGGUGCUGCCAGUCUUUCUGGAACUUUGGCCAGCCUGGGUUUCUUAGUUGUUUAGAGCAUGGUGCUGAUAGUGCCAAGGUUGCAGGUUUGAUCCCCAUAAGGGGCUGCUGCAUAUUUCUGCAUUGCAGGGGGUUGGACUAGAUCAGGCUUCCUCAAAUAUGGCCCUCCAGAUGUUUUUGGCCUACAACUCCCAUGAUCCCUUGCUAGCAGGACCAGUGGUCAGGGAUUAUGGGAAUUGUAGUCUCAAAACAUCUGGAGGGCUGAGUUUGAGGAAGCCUGGACUACAUGAUCCUUGGGGUCCCUUAUAAUUCUACAAUUCUAUGAUCUGCAAACCAGGGAAACUAUCAUGGUUGCCCCAUAGUCCUGAAGCUGUUCAGACUACCCACCCCCAGCUACUAAUAACAUACCGUAUUUUUCGCUCUAUAAGACGCACCUAGUUUUUGGAGGAGGAAAACAAGAAAAAAAAUAUUCUGAAUCUCAGAAGCCAGAACAGCAAGAGGGAUCGCUGCGCAGUGAAAGCAGCAAUCCCUCUUGCUGUUCUGGCUUCUGUGAUAGCUGUGCAGCCUGCAUUCGCUCCAUAAAACGCACACACAUUUCCCCUUACUUUUUAGGAGGGAAAAAGUGAGUCUUAUAGAGCAAAAAAUACGGUAAUUAAUGUGAUAUCUUCAAUGGCCCUAAGGGAUCUAACAAGACUUGGGAAGAAAACCAUAGUUGUUAUUUUUUUGCCUCCAUGCCCCAAAUGUGGAAAAUUGACAAAUAUAGCUUCCCGGUGAUAUUGCAUCAUAAGCUGCUUCUUCUUGCUAUUAUUCCUUAUGGUAGGAAAAGGCUGAAACUAAUUGUUCGCCUCAAGCUAAGCUGUGCUGCUUUGCCCCCUGCAGGUAACAUGUGGGCGCAGCAAUGGAACAACAUUUACGAUAUGAUGAUCCCUUACCCAAAUAAGCCCAACCUUGAUGUCACCAAUACUAUGAGGCAGCAAGUAAGGUCAUCCGUGUUGUUAUUACAUACGCUUUUCUUCUUACACUUUUGCUGCUUUGACUGCAGCCUUCAUAUAGACAGCAGGGAUUGUGAGUGAAAACAGCUACCGUAUUUUUCGCUUUAUAAGACGCACCAGACCACAAGACGCCCGUAGUUUUUGGAGGAGGAAAACAAGAAAAAAAUAUUCUUAAUCUCAGAAGCCAGAACAGCAAGAGGGAUUGCUGCGCAGUGAAAGCAGCAAUCCCUCUUGCUGUUCUGGCUUCUGGGAUAGCUGCGCAGCUUGCAUUCGCUCCAUAAGACGCACACACAUUUCCCCUUACUUUUUAGUAGGGAAAAAGUGAGUCUUAUAGAGCAAAAAAUACGGUACAUACCUAAACAUCACUGGGGGUGGGGUGGUAUUGCUGCCAUUUUGCAGUGAGAUGCUGCAGAAUAAGUGCACACUUUAGGGGAAGAAUGAGUACUCCCAACAAGAGAAUGCCUGUAUUGUUAUCUAUUACGGGUUGAAUCUCAACUUACCAUGCUUAGAAUAGUAGAUCCAUUGAAAUCAAUGGGGCUUGAAUUAGCGACAGCUGAAGCCCCUGAUGUUGGGAAAGAUGGAGGGCACAAGGGGAAGGGGAUGACAGAGGACGAGAUGGUUGGACAGUGUUCUCGAAGCUACCAACAUGAGUUUGACCAAACUGCGGGAGGCAGUGGAAGACAGGAGUGCCUGGCGUGCUCUGGUCCAGGGGGUCACAAAGAGUUGGACACGACUAAACGACUAAACAAAAACUGAUUUCAUUAAGCAUGCCUAUGUCUGGAUCCAAGAAAAUGCAUGCUAUCUCAUUCUGUGGGUGGGUCCUUUCCUAGAAUUGGAAUGUAACACGCAUGUUCCGGGAGGCGGAUGCAUUCUUCACCUCACUUGGCAUGAUUGAGAUGCCACCUGAAUUCUGGAAGGAUUCUAUGCUGGAGAAGCCAACAGAUGGCCGAGAGGUGGUGUGCCAUGCGUCGGCCUGGGACUUCUACAACCGCAAAGAUUUCAGGUGCCUACUGCAUGUGAAAGGGCCUUGCUUUGGAAAGGGGGAACCAAAUGCCUUCUUGGAAGAGAACCACAGAAUGCGUUUAUGCAGAUCCUUUUAAAGAAACACAGGUCUUUGAAAAAAUAUCAACGUCCAGUUUUAGUAACAACAUGUGGUUCAAUUUAGGCGGUCUAGAAAUGAAAUGAAUAAUGAUAAUAGGUAUUAGUUUCUUCCUCUCAGAGCUACAGAUCUCAGUACAGUGGUACCUCGGGUUAAGUACUUAAUUCGUUCCGGAGGUCCGUUCUUAACCUGAAACUGUUCUUAACCUGAAGCACCACUUUAGCUAAUGGGGCCUCCUGCUGCUGCUGUGCCGCCGGAGCAUGAUUUCUGUUCUCAUCCUGAAGCAAAGUUCUUAACCUGAAGCACUAUUUCUGGGUUAGUGGAGUCUGUAACCUGAAGCAUCUGUAACCCGAGGUACCACUGUACCCUUAACAAACUGCGGUUCACAGGAGUCUUAGGAGGAAGCCGUGUGCCUUCAAUGUGCAUUGGAUGUGCUUUAAAUUUAUAGCGUGUAUCAGCGAUAAAUCUACUAAAUGUAUAAACCAGUUCUGAAAACCUUUUCUGUUUGCUAAAUCUUCCCUGGAAACCCUGGGAACUAUAGUGUGUGGGAACACUUAAUAUGUUAAGUCAUCUUUGAAUCCCUUGCAAAGCUACCAAGAAGGACUGGUGUUCCAAGGUUUACAUCUGUGAGAGCUUUAAACAAUUUAAAUUCUAUAUUGACAAGAGGACAGGGGCAGACCUUGGUAAUAAGGUGCCCUGAGUGAGGGCAAGAUUUGCUGAGGACAAAUACUUCUUAUUUUCACAAAAGAGUGGUACCUCUGGAUACGAACAGGAUCCGUUCUGGAGCCCCGUUCGCAUCCUGAAGUAAACGCAACCCGCGUCUGUGCGUGCGUGGGUUGCGAUUCGCCGCUUCAGUGCAUGCGUGUUACAUCAUUUUGACCAUAUGCGUAUGCGCGAGCAGUGAAACCCGGAAGUAACGCGUUCCGUUACUUCCGGAUCGCUGCGGAGCGCAACCCGAGAGCACUCAACCUGAAGCAACUUCAACCCAAGGUAUGACUGUAUUUCCUUUUGGUGCAGUUGCUAUUUUUAAUGGAUCUUCUAAAUAGGUACCUGUAUGAAUAUAGGGUGAUGAUGAUGGCUUAGAACCCCUUUGGCUCAGUGCCCUGUGCAGGGAAACUGAAGAGGGACUUCCUUUUCAACUCUUCUGAGGACUCCGUGUAUAAAAGGGAAGCAGGAACAACCCUUCCAGUCUGUCAAGCAGGUGCCCUAUUAGCAUUUUAACAGAACCAAUGUUGCAUCCUCACCUUUCUGCUCCAUACUUUGCAGGAUAAAGCAGUGCACAACCGUCACCAUGGAGCAGCUCUUCACAGUACACCAUGAGAUGGGGCAUAUUGAAUACUACCUGCAGUACAAGGACCAACCCAUCUCCUUCCGCAGUGGGGCCAACCCUGGCUUUCAUGAAGCCAUUGGCGAUGUCAUGGGCUUGUCCGUCUCCACCCCCACCCACCUCAAGAAAAUUGGGCUGCUUGACGAAGCCACUGAGGAUAUAGGUAACCAUUGAGCACUGUGGGUGAUGUAGGAGAACUGUGGUGAAUAAGUAAUUGAUAGAGUUGAUGGGACAUUUCUCAAGGGUCAGGUUUCCAGCUGAGAUUAGUUGCUUUUGGGACGUGGAGCCAGACUUGUAUCACUCCAGGGCUUCCCAGCUGCUGAAGAAGAAAGAGAAGAUCCUAGACCAGGCAUGGCCAAACUUGCCCUCCAGAUGUUUUGAGACUACAGCUCCCAUCAUCUCUAGCUAACAGGACCAGUGGUCAGGGAUGAUGGAAAUUGUAGUCCCAAAGCAUCUGGAGGGCCAAGUUUGGCCAUGCCAAAACCCCAAAUUUGCUCUCCACUCUUUAUUGCUUUUAGGGAUUGGGGAGCCCUUCAUAUCCACACCUGUUCCCUUUGGGCAACCCAGAGGGCAGCUUUGUGCCUGCUCAGGGUCUGACUGCUGCCAUCCGUUGGGUUGGAAAGGAAUUUCCUAUAAAGUCAGGUGGGUCUUUGUGCCCCAAGGCUUGUAGGUCACUUGCCCAAGUCAUCUCAAGCUGCUUACUCUGCUCUUGACUUGUGGCACAAGAUCUGCAGAGUGCUUAUUCUGCUCUUAUUCUAGCUCUGAGUCUUCUUUUCCCUUUCCCUUCUUCUUUGCAGAGAGUGACAUCAACUACCUAUUAAAAAUGGCCCUGGAGAAGAUCGCCUUCCUGCCCUUUGGCUACUUGAUAGACCAGUGGCGAUGGAAUGUCUUCAGUGGGCGCACUCCUCCCAACCGCUACAACUAUGACUGGUGGUAUUUAAGGUAAAGCCCCCCCCCCCCCAGCAGUGCAACUGUGGUGGGUGGAGGGCUGCCAUGAUGGCUGAGCAAGGGAUGCCAUUGUUUCAAGAAACUGUGUGAGGGGAGGGGUUCCCCAAGCUGAUUUCGGGUGAUAGGACUGAAUUUCAAAAUUGGGAAGGGGCAAGUCCAUGUUUGCUUGAGGGACCCAUAUAUCUUCUCAACAACUCUGUGUGUGAGAGAGAGAGAGACAGACAGACAGAGAGUGAGGAGAGGGAAAGAGAAAGAAAUUUAUGAGUAUGUGUGAGUAUAAGCAAAGUUAAGAAGGAAAAAUAUUCAGGAAUUUAUUCAGUUAUUUUGCUUAUACUCCACUUUAUAACCCUGAGAGGUUUUCAAAGCAGUUUCCCAAAGAACCCUCAAACCUACAUAGGUAGGUAAAGGUAAAGGACCCCUGGACAGCUGAGUCCAGUCAUCUUGACUAUGGGGUGCAGCGCUCAUCUCACUUCAGGUCGAGGGAGCCAGCGUUUGUGUGCAGACAGCUUUCCGGGUCAUGUGGCCAACAUGAAUAAACCGCUUCUAGCACAACGGGACACUGUGAUGAGUGCCAGAGCGCGUGGAAAUGCUGUGUACCUUCCCACCGCAGUGGUACCUAUUUAUCUACUUGCGCUGGCGUGCUUUUGAACUGCUAGGUUGGCAGGAGCUGGGACAGAGCAAUGGGAGCUCACCCCGUCGUGCAGACUCGAACUGCUGACCUUCUGAUCGGCAAGCCCAGGAGACUCAGUGGUUUAGACCACAGCGCCACCCGCUCCCUAUAAAAGUCAUAUUCAAGUCAGGAACAGAAAUAAUAUGGUGACUUCUCUGUUGCCAGGACUAUUCAGGUGGCAUUCCCUGCCCUGGUGUUGCCCUUCGGCUUUUGCCUACUAGGCAGCAGUCCGCUGAUGAUCUUUUGAGGCAAGGAAAUGGGGCUGAGCAGCCGGAUCUUGCUCAGCCCGUGAUGGAGGGAGCUCUUCCCUCACUAGCAGAUAGGCAGAUCGUCUAAGAAAAAUAUAAAUUACUGGAGGAAGAGAGAAAUGCAUGCACCUGUAUACAUGUUGAUCCGACAUUGAUUGACAUGAGUUUCAGUUUGCUCCCUUCUUUGUGCCACUUUCUUAGGGCAAAACUAGACAUAAACUGCGGUGCUUAGUAAGGAAAACGGGUGGCAUGAUGUCAUCACAUCAGGCACUCCCAAACAGCCAACCAUGUGGGGUGGAGGCAGAGUAAUCCAUGAUGCGGUGACAGAUAAAGAAGGGGCAACUGGGUGCAAGGCAAGAGAACCAGUGUGGCAUAAUGGUUAGACCAGAGCUUUCCAAACUUUUCAAAUUGGUGACACACUUUUUGCACAUACAUCAUUUUGCGACACAGUUACAGUGGUACCUCUGGUUGCUAACGGGAUCCGUUCCAGAGGCCCGUUUGCAACAUGAAAAGAGCGCAACCCGCAGCGGCGCGCCUGCAGGUUGCAAUUCGCCGCUUCUGUGCAUGCGUGUGACGUCAUUUUGCGCUUCUGCGCAUGUGUGAGUGGCGAAACCUGGAAGUAACGCUUUCCGGUACUUCCGGUCGCCGCGGGAUGUAACCUUAAAGAACGUAACAUGAAGUGGACGUAACAUGUGGUAUGACUGUAAUUCAGUUUAGCAUCAUUUCGCGAUACAGUGAUUCAGUUUGACUAGCAAAGUGGAGGUUAAGCUAACCCUUUCCUGCCCCAGAAGGAGCACGGGGACCAUUCACAUGACACAGCUACACACUGCAGCCGACACACUAACAUGUCACAACACACAGUUCAGAAAGCUCUGGGUUAGAGUGUUGGACUAUGACCAGGGGGGCCAGGGUUCAAAUCCCCACUCAGCCAUGAAGCUCACUGGGUGACCUUGGGCCAGUCGUCAUCUCUUGGCUUACCUCACAAGGUUGUUGUGAGGAUGAAAGGGGGGGGGGAGAACCAAGUACACCACCUUGAGCUCCUUGGAAGAUAAACGUGGUAUAGACAUGUGACGAAUAAAUAAAUAUAAAUAAUAAAAAGCAUAUCCAUGAUCAGCAUCAAAUCUAGAUUAAGUACAAACAACCUGGAAUCUGCUUCAUUUCUAGAGACUUGUGCUAAUGCUGUUCCGUUUCUUCUCUGCCCACAUGGCUGACUUUUCUCUAGAACAAAAUACCAGGGAAUUUGCCCUCCUAUUGCAAGAGAUGAAACCAACUUCGACCCUGGUGCUAAAUAUCAUAUACCUGGCAACACACCUUAUAUCAGGUACUGGGAGCUGAAAGAGUUGGGGGAUGUGGGAUGUGUAAAUGAAACAUGGUGAGCUUCACUGAUGUUCUUGAGUGAGGCUGGUGUAUAUGCCUUCAUUAUUCAUGGAACGUCGAGUACAUUGCAAUGUUCUGCAGUGUUGAACUACCUGAAGGUUCUGACAAGCAGAUCUAAGGUGGUAGAGAAGGACGUGUUGAAUUUCUCAACUUUCGAAUUCCCAAAAUGAGCGGUGCUAAAAAGUUGUAAUAUGACAUGGGAAUUCAAUAUAUAUAUUGGUUAAAAUAAUAUAAUUCAGUUUUGCCUGGAAAGUAAAACAUAUGUAAAAUUGCAUAGAGCAUUAAAAUUUUGAAAAGUACUUGCAGUUAUAUUAUUAUUAUUAUUAAUCAUUAUCUGACAUUUUCAGAAGGUAAAAUUAAAACUCUUUGGUUUUCCAAAAGCAGUUUAUGUGCUUUUCCAUCAAACCUAGACUUACCAAGCUAAAUGUUGCUCAAUCACAAAAAAAUAGCAGAUUUGAAUUCCUCACACCCAAAAACAUAUUUUCAAGACCCCACGCUGAAGAAAUUUGCAGAAAUUAAGUUUCACCCCCUAAGAUGACACACCCUAGUGGCAGAGAAAGGCAGCAUGGAGUUAGGUUCCCCAAAAUCAAUUCUGAACUCCAUACUCUUUAGUAUAGGAACGAGGAGCCUUUGACCCUCCAGUUCCUGUUGGACUUCUGCUUCCCCCAAGACAGAAUGACCCACAGCUGGGGAUCAUGGGAGCUGGAGUUCAAUAACAUUUGUAGGUCCAAAGGCUACUCCUCCCCCAGCUGCUUUAGAAAUGCAGAACUUGCAGAGAGUUCUUGACUAGCGUAUUCUUUUAAGGCGAGGAAUUGUAUGAAGUUGUUUAAAUUUAAAGGUGACUAUCAAAUUCACACUUUCUGAAACAAUAUCAGAAACUAAGCAAGGUUGUCCUUUGAAAUUUACACUUAUCUGAAUUUUGCGGUGCAAACAGUGUUUGCAGAAGUGCUUAUAUUAGGGGAAAUUGCUCAUGGAAAUGUGCAAAUUUAGGAGAAAUUUGCCCUAAAACAUUGAUAAUCCUGCAAGAGAACUUUUUUUAAAAAAAUCACCAAUUUGCUGCAGAAAAUGGAAAAAUGAAAAACUAAGAACCAAACUGGCAGAUCUUUCCGUGCUUCAUUUUUUUUGUAACGUUAUGCCUUCAAAAAUUGACUCUUGUUCAGUAUGGCAGAAUUUGCUGUGACAUUAGUAGUAGUGGUAGUAGUAGUAUUGGGCGGUGGGGGUGGGAGUGGGUGUCCUACUGAAGAACUGAUGGGUACCAGAAGUAUAUGGAUUUUUGUUUUGUCUGGGGCAGGUACUUUGUCAGUUUCAUCCUGCAGUUCCAGUUCCACAAGGCGCUCUGCCAAGCUGCCAACCACACUGGCAAUCUUCAUACCUGUGACAUCUACCAAUCCAAAGAAGCUGGACAGAAGCUCAGGUGACAGCAGGGAGAGAUGGGGAAACAGCAAGGCGUGGUCUCCUACCUAAACGGCGUUAGAAGCAAGUGGGAAGACGUAGGCUAACAAUUCUCUGCUUGGGGGCAUUUCCUCCUUCCUGGCACCCUGAUGUAACAACAAGGGGUACACCUGUGUUGGAAAAAGCAAGAGGGUUGUGACAUGCAGACCUAAGGACUGUGAUCACACAGGUGUGACCACACUCAGGUUGCAGAAGUGAUCCCCCGGUGUAAUCUUGGCGUAGCUUGAAUGCCACUGGGCACUUACCCAUUAGCGGGGACCAGAUAUUCUAGUACCCUGGGAAAGGUGACCGUACAAGCAUGCAGUGUUGGAGAGAGACCUUAAGAAUGGCAUCACCCACACUCUUCAAUGGAAGGGUACCUCCGACACCUAUCAUGCUUGUGGGGUGGCCACCUAGGCACUUAGGCAAGCAGAUUCCAUGAGUUCCAAGGGCUGAACUCACCCCUACCACUCCCACUGACCAUAUACAGUGGUGCCCCGCAAGACGAAUGCCUCGCAAGACGGAAAAACCGCUAGACGAAAGGGUUUUCCGUUUUGAAGUUGCUUCGCAGGACGAAUUCCCCUAUGGGCUUGCUUCGCAAGACGAAAAUACCUUGCGAGUCUUGAGAUUUUUUUUCGCUUUCCCCCCCCCUUUAUCUAAUCUGCUAAGCCUUUAAUAGCCUUUAAUAGCCUUUUAGCAGCUAAUCCCCUAAGCCUUUAAGCCUUUAAUAGCCGCUAAACAGCUGAUAGCGCUAAUAGCGCUAAUCCGUCAAUGGGCUUGCUUCGCAAGACGAAAAAACCGCUAGACGAAGACUCUUGCGGAACGGAUUAAUUUCGUCUUGCGAGGCACCACUGUAAUGCAAAGCACCUUGCAAGCAAAGAGCAGCAGGAAUUGAAGUGCUUGCAGAGCAAGGAGUCACAAAAGUCUGCAGGAUAUAAAAGUUCAACUAUUCAUGGCUGGUCACCAGGUGGGGAGGGGCUGGGCAAAGCAGACCCUGGCCAGCUUACCUGGCAGUGGUGAUGCUCCAAGCACCACUGGGUGGCUAGGACCUGCCAUUUUAUUUCCCCAAAAUGUCCCAGAUUCAUGCUUCUUCUGGGAGCGUAGUGGAAAAUUUAAAUGCUAACGGGACCCAGCCAUCCAGGGCACCAGGCAAAACAAACACAAAACCUCACACUUUUAAAAUAAAAUAAAAAGAGGAGGUGUUGGGGCACUGGCAGCUAGCUGCCCACAGGAGCUGGCAAUGGCUUCAAUUCCCACUGCUUAGUUGCUGGCUGCUUCAGAAGAUGUGGCAAGAAAAUAAACCCAAAUGGCAAGGUCUCCUCAAAUCCCUUGUGUGGUGUGGGAAUCCACAGCAGGUAGAGACUGGAGUCGCCUGGUCUUGUGGGUCUUCCACAGUGGCUAUCAACACGAGUAGCUGCAUCUGCAUCACUACCCAUUCCUCUCUUUGUUUUCUUCGCUGCAGUGAGGCACUAAGGGUUGGCUCUUCCCAGCCGUGGCAGAAUAUUCUCCAGCAACUCACUGGCACAAAUAAGAUGGAUGCAUCAGCACUGCUGGAGUAUUUCAGUCCCGUUACUCAGUGGCUAGAAGAACAGAAUAAGCGAACCAAUGAAACACUGGGCUGGCCGGACUUUGAGUGGCGUCCCCCCGUCCCAGAGGGCUACCCAGAAGGGCUUGGUAAAGUUUCCAAGGCACAAAGUCAUGGGGGGGGGGAGGCCUACAGGAGGGUGGUUUCACUAUGACCCUGGUGCUUGGGCAUAACGGUAGCAGGUGUCCAAAGAAAAAGGGAGGAUACCAGAUGACCACCUCACUGCUUGGCUUUGCCAUUGGACCAGGGCAUUUAUAAUCCACAAGGGGGCACUCGGCUUGUUUUAUAUUUUGCAGUGGAACAUAGGAAUAGAAGUGGCGGCCUCUUACAUAAACAGGGGGACAACACAGGACAUCCGACUGGGAAGAAAUGGCUGAUGCAGCUGGAAUAUGGAGUGGUUUUUGUCUUGUUUGUCUAUGGGAGGAGGAGGACUGUGAGAGCCCUGGGGAACAACUGACUUCACUGCAGGAUGGCUUUUAGGGAGAUAGCAGGCUGUGCUUUCCUUCUAGCAUUGAUAAACCACAAGUAUUGAACCUUAAAGCACCUGCUGUUUUGCCUCUGGGCUGGCACUUGGUAGGGCAGGAGCCAGGCAGCAGCCCUUUUGAGGGUGAGAUUUGGCUAGCGAGCUGCUGACUUGACUUUUGCUGUGAAGGGGUAUCAACCCCCUUUGUAAAGACCAGGUGAUACUAAUAAGGGGGAGUGCAGCCCUUAUCAAAGCAGUGGGGGGGGCAGCUGUUAUGUCUCUCUGCUGAUGAACAGUGCAACCCUUGUCAGCAUCGUGAGACUGGCUCUCCAACAUGGAGUUCCAUGCUCCUGAUGUAACAGAUGAAUUGGAAGGUGGGAUGAGUUGCCACCUGGUGAAUUGGCCGAGCAGCGGAUUCUAGAAUGUGGGCAUCUCCAUCUGUGUGCUCAUUUUAACUUCCCAAUGAGCAAAGGCAGAUGCUCAGCUAGUACUUACCUACCACUCACCUGCUGGCUUCUCCUAACAUUUCUCUUUAAGGGGACGGGGACGCCAGGGAAUGAAAAUGCCACAGGUGGGUCUUCAGAGUUACCAGGUCUCAGCCCUGGAGUGUGUUUUAAGUGAUAGGGUUUUGUCCAAGAAGUGUGAACUAUAAUAUUAAGAAGGAUAGGUUCCCUGAGCAUGUUCAGAAUGCCUUGUCUUCAUCCAUGAGUAACCACAGCCAAUAAUUGCACAUCAUAGGUAGGGAAGGGAGUUCUGAUUCCAUCAGAGAAUGUAAAAUUUCUGCAGGAACCUGGGACUUGUCUCUUUAGAAAUUAGGUACUGGGAGUUAACAUGCUAGACUAAAAGGAAGAAAGACAGGGAGGUGAGUUAAUUUCCCUACUUUUUCCAGCUUUUUGUUUCUCCCUUCCCACCCUUUAACCUUUUCCAGAUAAAAUAACUGAUGAAAACGAGGCUAAAACAUUCCUGGCAGACUACAACAGCACAGCUGAAGUGGUAUGGAAUUCUUACACAGAGGCUUCUUGGACAUACAACACCAACAUCACGGAGCCCAACAGACAGAUGAUGGUAGGAAAACCAGCACAGUGCGGUAGGGUCAAUGGUGGUGGUGGGGAACUCAGUUCAAUUCACAUUUAAAGGGGAACCUACCCAAUGUCCUGUAUACCUGAAGGAGCGUCUCCACCCCCAUCGUUCAGCCCAGACACUGAGAUCCAGCGCUGAGGGCCUUCUGGCGGUUCCCUCAUUGCGAGAAGUGAGAUUACAGGGAACCAGACAGAGGGCCUUCUCGGUAGUGGCACCCGCCCUCCCUUCAGAUGUGAAGGAAAUAAGCAGCCAUCUUCUCUUUAAAAGACAUCUGAAGGCAACCCUGUUUAGGGAAGUUUUUAAUAUUUAAUGCUGUAUUGUUUUUAACACUUGAUUGGAAGCCGCCCAGAGUGGCUGGGGAAACUCAGCUAGAUGGGCGGGGUUAUUAUUAAUAAUAAUUAUUAAAUCACGCUUUCUGAAAUAAUAUGUGAACCGGAACACAGCCACCUUUCGAAAUGCAGCCAUCUCCGAAUUUUGCAACAGAGUUCUGCAGCUGAGUAAUAUGCAUUAUAUGCAUAUGAAGAUGCAUAUAAAUUAGUGAAGUGGCUUUGAAAAACAUGUCUGUGUUAGGGAAAAUGGCAUACAAUUUAUCCUGUGUAUAACAGGAUAAAUGUGAACAAAAAUGCUGAUGAGUUUUCAUGAGGACUUCUCUUCUAAUAAAAAAUAAAGCAUCAGAAACGGAUGUGCAAACAUAGAUAAAUAAACAGAAACUGACAGAUCUGUGAAACCCUAGAUUGUGGAGUUAGUGUUGUUGUUUGCCCUGAGCCCAAGGGAAUGCUGCCCUGAGUUCCUUCACGAGGAAGGGUGGGAAAUAAAUUUUAUCAUCAUCAAUAAUUCAGAAUGCGGCAGCUAGACUGGUGACUGCGGGCAGCCGCUGAGACCGUAUAACACCGGUCCUGAAAGACCUACAUUGGCUCCCAGUACGUUUCCGAGCACAAUUCAAAGUGUUGGUGUUGACCUUUAAAGCCCUAAACAGCCUUGGCCCAGUAUACCUGAAGGAGCAUCUUCACCCCCAUUGUUCUGCCCGGACACUGAGGUUCAGCGCCGAGGGCCUUCUGGCGGUUCCCUCACUGCGAGAAGCAAAGCUACAGGGAAUUAGGCAGAGGGCCUUUUUGGUAGUGGCACCCACCUUGUGGAACGCCCUCUCAUCAGAUGUCAAAGAGAUAAACAAAUACAGUCAUACCUCGGGUUGAAGUAGCUUCAAGUUAAGUAUUUUUGGGUUGUGCUCCACGGCGACCCGGAAGUAAUGGAGUGCGUUACUUCUGGGUUUCGCCGCUUGCGCAUGCGCAGACGCUUAAAAUGACGUCGUGCACAUGCGCGGAGACAAACGCACGUGCAGACACGCAGUCGCAUCUUCCAUUUACUUCAGGAUGUGAAUGGGGCUCCGGAACGGAUCCUGUUCGUAUCCAGAGGUACCACUGUACCUGACCUUUAGAAGACAUCUGAAGGCAGCCCUGUUCAGGGAAGUUUUUAAUCUUUGUUGGAAGCUGCCCAGAGUGGCUGGGAAGCCCAGCCAGAUGGGCGGGGUACAAAUAAUAAAUUGUUGUUGUUGUUGUUAUUUAUUGGCGACUAGACAGUUGUGGGAGUGCUGGAGUUAGAGAAUGAGCUCGUCCUUUCCCCCUCUGUGAUACAAGUGUGCUGGCUAAUGCCCCUCACUCUCUCUUCCAUACGUGCCUUGCAGUUGCAAAAGAACAUGGAAAUGUCAAACCACACCCUGCAGUACGGCCUUCGGGCUCGGAUGUUUGAUCCUACUGAUUUUCAAGACCCCACUAUAAAACGUAUCCUGAAGAAACUGAGUGACAUAGAGCGGGCAGCCCUACCUGACGCACAGCUGAGGGAGGUGAGAGCGAACCAUAGAGUCGUAGAAUUGCAGAGUUGAAAGGGUCCCCAAGGAUAAUCUGGUCAACCCCCUGCAAUGUAGGAAUCUCAGCUAAAGCAUCCUCGACAGAUGACCGCUCAACUCUGCUUUAAAACCUUCAUUCCAUCCUUGUUCUUGAUGUAGAUCUUCACUCACCCCUUCUUCCCUGGUGGGGAGAUAGGGGUGCCAUCUUGUGGUUCACACCAGGUGCCAAAAUGUAUUGGGCCCAGGACAUAGCAAAUCAGUUAUGGAACUUCCUAUCCAUGGAGACCUACAGAAUUGCCCUGUUCUUCGCUUUCAUGGAAGCUGGUGGGGGUUUUCAUCUGGUAGAGGUUUAAGGUGGAAGGAGUGAUGUUAUUAUCCUGACUUGGGUGCUGUUCGUGUGUUUUCUUAAUGAUGAUGUCUGUAUGGGAUGUUUUAUGGGUGUUUUUUAAAUUGCAGGUUGUUUGGGGACUUGUUGAAAACAGAACUUAAAAACCUGGAAUGAAUAAAUAAUGUGUAGUUAAGUCCCCAAGGGACAGUUCUGUAAUGAGGCCCCAGAUCCUUGGAAUUGAGUGUGUUGAAAAUUAAGCUGGAGACAUAAAUAAAGAGCAUUCUAAGAGGCAGGCAAGCACAGGGCACCAGAAUAUGAACACACUUGUGUUUCAUUGCUUGCACAAAUUCAGCAUAGCAGGGCUCAUCCAGCAUGUUGACAGAAGUAUUUGUCUGGGGAAUGAAAGCAGGAAGCAGAUGCACGAUCAAGCCAUAACAAUAAAAUAUUUCUGUUCAAUUCAAAUGCAUAUAAUAAUACAGUUUCCGCCAAUAGUCCUUGGAUCUUGUUGCCAGGCAAAUGAUGGCGAGGAGAGGAGCCCAUAUUUUACCUCCUAAGCAAAUGAAUCCUUUUUCUUUCUUUCAGUAUAAUCAGCUCCUCUCAGACAUGGAGACAAUUUACAGCGUAGCCAAAGCCUGCACUGGAAACACAAGUUGCAAGUCCCUGGAUCCUGGUAAGCCAUUUGUACAUCUCCUGGCUGAUAGGAAUCAUCUCCCAACACAUUUCCCAGCGCCCAUAAAACAUACCAGACAAGAAAACUUUGUCAGCCUGAGAAGUAGAGCUGGGCAAAUGCUAUCAGGACUUAGUUUUUGUGGAAAAAUAAGAAGACGGUGCUUUUGAGUAUGCGCUGAGUGGCUUUCCCACACCAUCGUGUAAUCAACAACCAACCUCCACAUAUCUGGGGGGAAGUAUGUUGCAACUUCUGAGUAGUUUUGAUAGCCCCAUAAUGUUUUGACGUAGAAGUCAAUCCCUACUAAGAAGUCAUAAGGAUGUAAGAGGAGCCGUGCUGGAGCAGACUAAGGGUCCGUCUAGCCUAGCAUCCUGUUCCCACGGUGGCCAACUAGGUACCUAUGAGAAACCCACAAGGAAGACAUGACCACAACAGAUAACAACAGUUAUCACUUCUUGAUAACUAGUAUGAAAUAUACUCGGAGUCGAGUGUGAAUUUCAUGCUCUUUAUUCAGCUCAUAGUAGCAAUGAAUGAAACUUUCUCCAAAAUGUCUAGCUAUAUAUACAUAUAUACACAAUGGGCCCUGCAUGAUUGGCUAAUUCCGGGCUGCUCCUGUAGGCCAAUCAGGUUGUGGAUUCACCUCCUCCGGAAGCCUGAUUGGCUGCUCCUGCAGGCCAGUCAGGUUGCUGGUUCACUUCAUCCAGGAGCCUGAUUGGCUGCUCCUGCAGGCUAAUCAGGUCACUGGUUCAUUUCCACCUGGAGCUGGAUUGGGUGGCUCCUGCGGACCAAUCAGACUGCUGCAUUCUGGAUCCUAUUGUUCUAGGAUUCAGCUCAGUACAUAGCAUAGUAUUCCAAGGCACAUUGCCUCUGAUACAUCAUUGGAGCAGACUCUCUUGAAAGUUGGUGGACUCCCCUUCAUUGGAUGUUUUUCAGCAGAGGUUGGAUGGCCACCUGUCAUUGAUGCUUUAGUUGAGAUUCCUGCAUUGCAGAGGGGUUGGACGAGAUGACCCUCAGGGUCCCUUUCGACAGUACAGUUCUAUGAUAGACAUCGUGACAAGUAGCCAUUGGUAGUUUUAUCCUCCAUGGUUUUGUCUAAUCCCCUUUUAAAGCUAACCAGGUUGGUGGUCAUCACCACAUUUUUGUGGAAGCAAAUUCCAUUGUUUUAUUAUAUACUGUGUGGUCUGUCUUGAAUAUCUCAACCAUGAGCUUCAUUCAAGUCCUGUGGAUUUUAGCAAAGGAUGAGAAGUAGUGGGGCGAAACAGCCUUGUUCCUGCCAUUAAACUAUACGAGGCACAUUGAAGUUCAUGAGAGCAGCCUGGGUGCGAUUUGUUGAACAGAGAUAAAAGAGAGGGGGACGUGGCUUGAUGAAGAGUAGAACCAGGGCUUUUUUUCCAGCUGGAACUCACCAGAAUUCAGUUCCGGCACCUGUCAGGUGGGCACCGUUGCCAUCAUAAGGGAACAAGUGAGGCGUUCAUUCAUGGUGAACUCCAACACCUCUUUUUCUAGAAAACAGCACUGAGUAGAACAGGCUAUGAAACACAUUAUGUAGGAAGGAAAAUCUCUGUGGCGCGGGUGGGCUUUGAGAAAGGAUAUGAAGGGAGGUAGAGGGAUGUGACUCUACAGUUAAAGAAGUGUACCGUGUUUGUUUGGAGAGAACAUAAUGGAAGCUCAAUAGGUGAGCCUGCACACGGUGUUGGAUUUAGGGCAGUGCCAGCCAAGGGGGCGCAAAACUGAGAAGAUCCAUAACUGAGAAAAUCCAUCAGGGCCGCUGAAUUUUGGCCUUGCUCAGAGCGCCAUAUUACCAGAGUAUUACCAAAGUCCACCCCUGCUGCACAGUGCAGAGGGAGCAAAGGCAGGCCAAAGGGGAGAGAUUAUACACAUUACAGCACGUAUGGUGCAUAGUCUCAUACCUAAUUCUUGCUUGUCUUGGCUCUUUGUUUAGAACUCACAGACAUCAUGGCUCACUCAAGAGAUUACAACGAGCUCCUCAAUGCCUGGAAAGGCUGGCGGGAUGUAUCAGGGAAGAAAAUCCGAACCAUGUACCAGAAAUAUGUAGAGCUGAGCAAUACGGCUGCCAUAUUGAACGGUAAGCAUGUUUUGCAAUGCUGACUGCUCCAACAAAGGGAACAGUGGGUUGUAAGGGCAGAGGAUGACUCUUACGAAUGCGGAACCCAAACUGUUUGAGGUGAGCCUCAAAAGUCAAUGCAGACUUGGGAAGCAUUGUAGUCUUUUCUUUGUAAGUUGCUCUGAGUUGCCUGUGGCAAAAAAAAAAAAGCGAGUAAUAAGAAUAAUAGCAGAAAGUGUCCCUCAGUGGAAAGCCUACCUUGCCAUCAGUAACUGAAGCUUUCCAGCAAAGUCCACUGGUCUAACCACCAGAACAAAGGCAUGCACCGUUUUUCUUCUUUGUUGUUGUUGUUUUUUAAACUACAGAGCCACGCGAGAGCAAGGCAGAUAGAUGCAGAUGUCCGCAAAGUUCACUUACUCUGUUCCCAUGGCAGAAUGUCAGACUUGGGAAGGGGGAGCUGGAGCCUUUUAAUACUUUAAAUGAGGAACUUAGAAAAGAUAUUCCUUGCUAUGGGCUUGCAACAUUUCGGUUUGGGGCACCUGGCCAACCCUACCAUCAAGCAGCAUGAAACAGCUGCCUUAGACAAGCAGAUUUUUUGGUUUCAUGGUGAAAGAGUAGCAAGCUAUUCAUGAUUUCAUUUAUUAUGGUUGUAUUUUCACUGCCAGGCAGGGGAGAAGGGCUUUGAAGAUGUUCUGCCUCAGAUGCCCAAAUAACUAGGUCUGCCUUGGCUUUUUGGGAGGGUGUCACCUGGUGCUCCACCGCAGGCAGUAACACCAGCCCUGGGGACACAACUGGAGAAGAUGAAGAAGGGCUUCUAUAUUCUCAUGUUCAUGUGCAGGUCAUUCUGACAAUGGUGCUUUCUGGAGAUCCCUGUAUGAAACACCGGAUUUGGAAGAUGUUCUGGAGAAAAUCUGGGAAGAGCUUCAACCAUUGUACCUCAAUCUUCAUGCUUAUGUGCGCCGGGCUCUCUACAAGAAAUAUGGUGAAGGUCACAUCAACCUCAGGGGCCCUAUCCCAGCUCAUUUGCUAGGUAAGCCUUUCCACACCAAACUCCUGAGCCAGAAGACAAUAUUGGGCAACUCCCCAUUGUCUAUGUGAUUCUGAAGGCCUACUCCAUGGUUGCUUUUCCUUGUAUUAGGCCUUGCCUAGUGUCUAGGUUUUUAGGAUUAAGGAUUUUGGAGGAGGUCUGCAGCAUAUUUUGCCAAAUGCACAUUUGUUGAGCAUAGCAUAUAGUGGCUCUUAGAUAUGUUCCUUACACAUGGAGAAAAGUUAUCAAGAGAGGCAAAAUAUAAUCAAUGAUGCUAUUAAUUGACCCAACCUAAAAGUCAGCUUAUCUGACUAUUAUAAGGUUGCCUUAAAAUGCUUACAGUGUUAAAAUGCUUGUUGUUGUUGUUGUUGUUGUUGUUGUUUAAUAUUUAUACCCCACACAUCUGGAUGGGGAAAAGGCUGAGUUGCAAAUAAAUUCAGGGGAAUUAGGAGGAAAGAGGAAGAAAUAGUGACAUUUUCCAAAAGUCAGACACUGUAGGCUAGGUGUUGGGAUGAGCAAUUUGGAACUAGGUGUAUAGGACAUAAAGUGGCAAUGAAGGAUUACUGAAAUUGUUAAGAGCUGCUAUCUAUAGCAUCACAGAAGUUCAGAAAGAAUUGAGAAACUGUCAGGUAUCAAAACUGCAAAGGCUAUCAAGAAAUUGGGUUCAGGAUGGGACAUGACUAAAAGCUGUGGCCUUAGACAAGACAUGGAGACAGGAUAUGGAAAAAAUACUUUGAGUUACCAAAAUUGGGGUCUUUAACAGACAUGCUAAGACAUAAAAAGGGAGAAGCUGACUAGUUUGGGACCCUUAGCAAGACUCCAGGAGGCAUGGGCAAAGGUGAGAUCAUAAAAGGAAGCUUUAUAUGACAUCAAAAAUAAGAAUUGUCCAAUCAUAAUGCCUAAAAUUCAGAUGUCAUAAAGACUUAUGUCGUUUUUGAAACUAUAAGAGAUAUGCCUCAACCUCAUGAAGGGUCUUCUCUUCUUUUCUGACUGAGAGGUCCCACUUUCAGAAGUGACAAAUGUCUAUUCUGCUUUAAUAUUGUGAACGUUUAAGCUCUGGCAGUGUGUGGGAAGGUUCAUUUUUCUUGCUAAAUAAUAAACUAAACAAUAUAAUAAACUAAAUCAUUUCUUGCUAAAUAAUAAAUGCCUUUACAGUGGUACCUCGGGUUAAGUACUUAAUUUGUUCUGGAGGUCCGUUCUUAACCUGAAACUGUUCUUAACCUGAAGCACCACUUUAGCUAAUGGGGCCUCCUGCUGCUGCCGUGCCACCGAAGCACAAUUUCUGUUCUCAUCCUGAAGCAAAGUUCUUAACCCGAGGUAGUAUUUCUGGGUUAGCGGAGUCUGUAACCUGAAGCAUAUGUAACCCGAGGUACCACUGUAUAUACAUUUGUCUGUGUUCCGUAUUUACCCUGGUCCAGUUGAUGUCCCUGCUAUUCCACUCACCUCCAGGUUGCAGGAGUUGCUGGAUGUGCUUUUUUAAGCGCUGUAGCCUCUUUGCAGUUCUUGAAUAAUCAGUAAAUAAAACAGACAGAUUCUUUCAGUAGAAGCAGACAGAACUAACACUUCAAUGCUAUUCACUGGCCUCUAAUUCUCUGUAGAUGUCACCACCGAGACAGCCAAUGAUGCAUUUAGUAGCUCUUUAGGAAGCAUAAAACGGCGCCUUGAAGGCUGCUGCAUAAUGACUCUUGAAGAAGAUAUGCAGAAAUGUAGUUAGAGCUGUUCUACACAGCUAGACAAAAUAUGACCUGGUUUCACUACUUUUCCUUUACUUCUGUAAGCUCUAAUUAAGUAAUCAUAGUAUUAUCUCCAAUCCGCAUUGUGGAUGGAGGGGAAAGUCUUGUUUAGCGUGGACAGAGUGAUGACCCACUGUCCCCAUUUGCCCUCUCCCCCCCCCAAAAAAAAACCCUGAUGGUUUGUGUGCUCGAGAACAGGAAUGGGGAACAAGCAACUUCUAAGGGUUUUGGUAUUUUUAUUUUAUUUUAAAAAAUGAACGAAACAAUUGCUGGGGGGAAAGAGUGAGUUGUCUUGCUCCUGCUAACACUUUCAUGAAUAUUCAAGAGAUGUCUGCAACAUUUCCAGAAGUGCUUUCUAUAUGGCAAUGGCAAUAAUUACUGGAUGCACUUUCUGGGAUGUCACCUUAUCACAUUUCUCCCAGGUGCAAAACAUAGCACUUUGAGCAGUUCACAGAAUGUGAUAUUCCUCUAACUGAAGCCCAACUUUGAGAGAAGACAUGGGAAGCAAAAAAUGCACUUCUUGAUCAAGUGGAAAGACCAUUAUUAUACACAUUGUACCUCUAAUAUAGUGGGAGCCAGUGAGGUGUAGUGGUUAAGAGCGAUAGACUCGUGAUCUGGUGAACUGGGUUUGCAUCCCCGCUCCUCCACAUGCAGCUGCUGGCUGACCUUGGGCUAGUCACACUUCUCUGAAGUCUCUCAGCCCCACUCACCUCACAGAGUGUUUGUUGUGGGGGAGGAAGGGAAAGGAAAAUGUUGGCCGCUUUGAGACUCCUUUGGGUAGUGAUAAAGCGGGAUAUCAAAUCCAAACUCUUCUUCUUUAGAAAUGGGAAGGAAGCUAUUGGAGAACAAAGUUAUUGAUUGUCUAGUGGGGGCUCCAUCCAUAUGAAUUCACCUUGAAGCACCCAGCCCUUCUUCCCUCAGAAAGUGGAUGUUGGAUCUAGUUGUUGUCUUACCCUUGGGUGGGGGGCUCCUUUGCCCCCUACCUAUGCAUUAACUCUAUUUUCUGUUUCCUAGGAAACAUGUGGGCACAGUCGUGGUCAAACAUCUUUGAACUGGUCAUGCCCUACCCCAACGCGAUCAAAGUGGAUGCAACACCGGCCAUGAAAAGCCAGGUUGGUGUAGCUAGGUUUUAUUCAAUUAUUAUUUGAAACAGUUUCUCUUGGGGACUAGCCUGAACCUUCAUCCUGUUUAGAAGCUCCCCAGGGCAAAAAUAUAAGGGAAUUAUUUAGCAGCCUUUUAAGGUGGGGCUCAAGGUUGUUGAGUUGUUGAAGUAGCAUCCAGUUCCCCUUAACUGUACUGAAACUUUUAGCUCUCAAGGAAGGUGCUUCGGAGAGCAUGUAGAAUGCCUUUUCUUGGUAUCUACCCAGCCUAGUAUCCACAGUUCCAGGCCAGGAAAGGAGAUUCCAGGUGGGCCAGAAACGAACCACUAGUUUUCUGCCCUUACUUCCUGCUUCUCUCCGUACAAUCGUACCUUGGUUUUCGAACAACUUAGUUCUCAAACGUUUUGGCUCCCAAACACCGCAAACUCAGAAGUGGCUGUUCCAGUUUGCGAAUGCUCUUUUGGAAGCUGAACGUCCAAUAGGGCUUCUGCGGCUUCCGAUUGGCUGCAGGAGCUUCCUGCAGCCAAUCAGAAGCUGCACUUUGGUUUCCGAGUGUUUUGGAAGUUGAACGGACUUCCAGAACGGAUUCCCUUCGACUUCCAGGGUAUGACUAUAUUUUGUUGUGUAUCUGACAUAUAACAUUGUGAAGUCUUGGUGCAUGCAACAUCCCAGCCAGACCUGUAGGAAUCCCAAAUCUGCUCAGCUGCAGCUAUCAAGAGGAAGGUCUUUUAGACUUUGCAAAAUCUUUAUGGAAAUGAGAUUCUACAGAGGUAGGGCAGGCCCCAAGGAUGACUUCCUUUGUGCUUUUGUACUUUAUUUGACACAUGGGUGUUUUUAGAUUAUGGGAAUGUUUAGGGAAAGGACAGAGAACCAUUUCCAGCUCAAUAGCUGCAUCCCCUUCUGUGCAACCUUCAGGGGACCAAAUGUCAUUGGUGAGCAGGCCCAGAGGCAAAAGUGGGUGGAGAAAUUUGUACAACAGGCUUGUUUACACACACACACACACACACACACACACACACACACACACCCUUCUCUGUCCUUCAUUCAGGCAAGCAAGAGGCAUUAUCAGAGUUUACUUCCAGCCAGUGGGGAGAAACACCCAAGGAUGCUACAAAGCAGGGGCAUGUUAGGAAUGCGGCUGAGGAAAGGGUGUGGCCUAGCAAGAAUAUUGAGGGCCUGAUGGAGAAGUGUGGAGGGCUAUAUUCCGCCCUUGAUUUAGGGUUCGGCUCUACACCCCAUCAGUCUGAUACCCCAUCUGUCAACAUAUCACAUUCCCGAUUUUCCAUGCCAAAUACAGUGGUACCUCAGGUUAAGUACUUAAUUUGUUCCAGAGGUCUGUUCUUAACCUGAAACUGUUCUUAACCUGAAGCACCACUUUAGCUAAUGGGGCCUCCUGCUGCUGCCGUGCCGCUGGAGCACAAUUUCUGUUCUCAUCCUGAAGCAAAGUUCUUAACCCGAGAUACUAUUUCUGGGUUAGCGGAGUCUGUAACCUGAAGCGUAUGUAACCUGAAGCGUAUGUAACCCGAGGUGCCACUGUAUUUUGCAGAUCUUUUUCCUGUUUUCAGCUAGCAUGUAACAUUACGCUGGAGCAGAAGCAGGAAGAAUCUAGCCAGGAGAGGCGAGCCUUUCACAAUUACCUUGCAGGUUCCAUGCGACUGUUAAUUUCAGGAUCAUGCGUUCAAGUCCCACAUUCAGCAAAAGAUCCCUGCAUUGCAAGGGGUUGGAUUGGAUGACCCUCACGGUCCCUUCCAACUCUCUGAUUCUAUGUGUUCUUUGUCCAUCUCUCUGCUGGUUUUUCAGCUUGCCUCUUCUACACUCGCUCUCCUUUCUGCAGGGCUGGACGCCAAAGAAGAUGUUUGAACAAUCUGACAGCUUUUUCCAAUCCCUGGGUCUCAUCCCUAUGCCACCUGAGUUUUGGGAAAAGUCCAUGCUGGAGAAGCCAACAGAUGGGAGGGACGUGGUGUGCCAUGCCUCAGCCUGGGACUUCUUCAACCGCAAGGACUUCAGGUGCUUCUGUGAUGAUUGGGUGGAGAAGGGCUAUAGGCAGUAGAGUCUUCUUUGUCCCUCCACUGUUCACCACCAUCUUGACCCUUGGGUAGAUCCAUAAAGGGGAAGCUUUCCUCUUACCCUCCUGUGCUUUGGCUGCCAGUGUGGUGUAGGGGUUAAGAGCGGUGGACUCAUAAUCUGGUGAACUGGGUUUGCAUCCCCGCUCUUCCACAUGCAGCUGUUGGGUGACCUUGGGCUAGUCACACUUCUCUGAAGUCUAUCAGCCCCCCACUCAGCUCACAGAGUGUUUGUUGUGGGGGAGGAAGGGAAAGGAGAUUGUUAGCUGCUUUGAGACUCCUUUGGGUAGUGAUAAAGCGGGAUAUCAAAUCCAAACUCUUCUUCUUCUUCUUCUGGCAGAGGGAGAGAGUUUACCCCCAGUGCCAUGUAACAAUCUCCUUUCCCCCCUGAAGAGAUUCUGCCUUCUCUUUUCCUGAAGUUGGUUGUUCGCUUCUCAAGGUCACCACAUGGAUGGACCGUGGAACUUGCUAUGCACCACUCUGCAUAGGCCUCCCCCCAAAAUCAGGGUGUACAUGUACAGGUUUUUCAGCUUUGGGUCAGGUGAGAGAGAGAGAGGGGGGCAGACGUCUUCAUUGCAAUUUGUGGCUCAGUUCACUUGCAUAAAUCAUCCGGCUGCAUAAAUCAUCUGGAGCCAUUGCUCUAUUUAAAAAAAUCUUUCAGCAAUCUGCCUGCUCUCAUGCCUGACUCUUGGUUGGCUGGUGAGUGAACUAAAUUGGCUGUUCCUCUUUUCCAGCUCUAAUUUCCCCUUCCAUUUCACUUUCCCUUCUAUUAUGGACGUGACACCUUUCCCCCAUCUUUCUCUUGCUUCAGGAUUAAGCAAUGCACCUCUGUGAAUAUGGAUGACCUAAUAACAGUUCAUCACGAGAUGGGCCAUGUUCAGUACUUCCUGCAGUACAAGGACCAACCCAUCUCGUUACGUGAUGGGGCCAACCCAGGAUUUCAUGAAGCCAUCGGAGAUGUUAUGGCCUUGUCGGUAUCUACCCCAAAGCACCUGUACAGCAUCAAGCUGCUAAGUCAGGUGGAAGACAACCCAGGUAAGCAGGAACGGACCACAUGGGGACACUUAGUUGCAAAGUGCUCUCAGCAGCAAUUCUUUAGAAUUUUUGAGCAAUGUAAAACACCAGUGUUCAUGAUAUCUUAUAAUUUGCCAAAGCGGUGGUUGAAAUGGGCAUAUGCUUCCCAGAACCAAGUCUCAACACACUUUGCCCCGGAUCCCACAGACUCAAAAGCAGAUCUUAACCAUUGUUGUGUUGCCUUUCAACCCAGAUUGGCUUUUCAAAUUGGCUCGGAAUAAACUGAAUUAUAGAGGGACGCGGGUGGCGCUGUGGGUUAAACCACAGAGCCUAGGGCUUGCUGAUCAGAAGGUCGGUGGUUCAAAUCCCCGCGACGGGGUGAGCUCCCGUUGCUCAGUCCCUGCUCCUGCCAACCUAGCAGUUCGAAAGCACGUCAAAGUGCAAGUAGAUAAAUAGGUACCGCUCCGGCGGGAAGGUAAACAGCGUUUCCGUGCGCUGCUCUGGUUCGCCAGAAGCGGCUUAGUCAUGCUGGCCACAUGACCUGGAAGCUGUACACUGGCUCCCUCAGCCAAUAAAGCGAGAUGAGCGCUCCAACCCCAGAGUCAGCCACGACUGGACCUAAUGGUCAGGGGUCCCUUUACCUUUACCUUAAACUGAAUUAGACAUCAUAAAUGUUGACUGACUAGCCCUUGUUUAAGCAUGUGGUGUAGGCAUAAGAUUGGUUGUGGGAGCUUGUGGGAUUUAGGAAUUUGGUAAAUAAGGUGUUGGGAGGUAAAGGGUGUGGAUACAUGGAAUGUAGUAAGACCACCAGGAGAGAUGGGACAGAAGGUUAAGAACUGAGGUCUAAGACUCUUCUUGUUUCUUUCUCCUGGCCAGAGAGUAACAUCAACUACCUGAUGAGCAUUGCACUAGAUAAGAUAGCCUUCCUACCCUUUGGCUACUUGAUGGACCAGUGGAGAUGGAAAGUGUUUGAUGGGCGCAUUCCAUAUGAGGAGUACAAUCAACAAUGGUGGAACCUUAGGUGGGUAUUGGGUAGCUGCCUGGAGAAGGAAACUAUCUGACAAUUUGGUUGCGCUUCAUCAUGGCUGAGUUCUGCCCAUAUGUUUAUGCUGGGAGCAAGCUUGACUCAGAACUGAGUGGAGGGUGAAGAGCAAACAUGGCCUGGUUUCUGAAAAUGUGGGUAGAACAUUGCUGACUUUUCCCAGGUGGUGUUCAAGGUCAAAAUGGAGCCUACCUUACUGUGGGUUGCCCAGGGUGCUACUUUGGAAGGUAUUCCCCUUCCAGACAUGCUCAUGGUGUGUAUAUUUUGGCCAUAGAAAAUCUAGGGUAGGAAUGGAGAAUCUGUGGGCGUUCAGAUGUUGGAUUCCAUUUCCCUUCUGCUCCAGCCAAUGUUGGAGGAGAUGGAAGUUGUAAUCCAGUCACCCCAGAGGUGUCACAUGCCUGCUCUAUGGGAUGAAGAAAGUAUUGAAAGUAGGGCUCUUUCUGGGCCAAAUAAAAGCAUACCAGUAAUUGUGGAAAUAGGUUGUUGACGAUUCCCAGGGGGAUCUGAAGAAAAGCAAGCCCCUCCAGCUACACAACGGCCCUGUCCUGCUCCAAAGCAAGACAUCUGCUCCUCUGGAGCAAGGGUAGAGGAACCUUUUUUACCUUGUGGGUCACAGGCCAGGGGUGAGCAGGGCCAGAGGUAAAUGUGGGUGGAGCAAUGAAUUUGACUUUUACCUUUGUACAGUAGACUACUUUAUGGGCACGCAAAAGCCAGAGGUUCCUACACAGACACAAACAGGCAAGCAAUUAAGCACGAUUCAAGGGAAUAUUCCAGCAAUGCAAAAGCACUCAAGAGAGGUGUGGCCCAGAAAGAGCCCAAGAAGCUAUAGAGAAGGGCCUGGAGGGGUUGUGUUUGGUCCCUAGACUUCAGGUUCUCCCAUCCUUGUUCUAGGUUGGAUACCCUGUGAGAUCAGCACUCAGUGUUGGUUUUUGGCUGGUGAUUUCUCUCUCUCUCCCUCUCCGCCUUCUAUGCCUACUGCAUAGGUUGAAGUACCAAGGUUUAUGUCCUCCUGUGCCAAGAUCAGAAGAAGAUUUUGACCCAGGGGCAAAAUUCCACAUUCCUGCAAAUGUCCCAUAUGUCAGGUAAGGAGGUGAUUCCCUGCCUGGCCUGAGUUAAUUAGGAAAGGUUAGGCCAGAGUGUCCCGUCUUAAGGGCUGUUUCAUUUGAAUACGGUCCAAGAGAUGAUGAAGAGUACAGAUAAAAUAAAAAUGGAUAAAUAUAAAGAAUUAAGUAGGAAAUUCCUAUUGAAAUGGUAUAGAACCCCGGCGCAACUGGCAUACAUAGUUAAAGGAUUGAGUCCUAAGUGCUGGCACUGCGGUCAAGAGUUAGGGGUAUAUGCACAUAUGUGGUGGGAGUGUAUUUGUGUGAAGGAAUAUUGGCAAAAGAUUAUAAAGGUUAUUUCUGAUGUAUUUCAGGUUAAGAUAGAAGUCAAUAGAGAAAUGCUUAUCUCAGGGAUACUGGGGAAUAGUAAAAUAGAAAGAAAAGAGCAAGAUUGGUAUAAAAUUAUGAUCUUAGCCAGUAUGCUUAUUAUUGUAUCAGGAUGGAAAGAAAAGGAUAAAUGGACAAUGGAAAAAAUGGAAUGACUAUGUUUUUGAAUAUAUACAGUCUGAUAUAUUUGAACAUGUAAUGACGGAAGAUACAUGGAACAACAAAUGUCAAAAGAUUUUGAAUAAAUGGACAAGUUAUAGGAAUUGGAUAGCACAGGGGAAAGCCAGCCCAAGCAUCCAAAUUAGAAUGAAUAAUCUGUGCACAUGGUUAAAGAUUUGAAAAGAGAACAAUUGGGGGGGGAGGGGUUAAAGGGGAGGGUGGAAGGGGAAAAAAGAAGAAAGAGAGUCCUGUCUUCAGCUUUGGCCCUUGAGGAGGAGGUGCCAGGAGCACAGUGUGACCUUGGACCUCCCAUUCACCUGUUCCAUCUCUCUUCCAGAUACUUUGUCAGUUUCAUUAUCCAGUUCCAGUUCCACCAAGCCCUGUGCAAUGCUGCUGGCCACACAGGACCCCUGCACAAAUGUGACAUCUACCAGUCUAAGAAAGCUGGGACAAUCCUAGCGUGAGUAGCAAGCCGCAUCUGCUGGGUGGAGCUACACUGUAAGACUCUACCGUAGAGCUUUCCAAACUGUGUCACGACACGUUAAGAGUGUCAGCUGCUGCAGUGUGGAGGUGUGUCACGCAAAUGCUACCUGCGCGGCUCCCGGGGCUGGAAAGGGGCUAGUUUAACACGUCUGGUUUGCUAGUUAAAAAGUGAAUUACUGUGUCGCGAAAUGAUGUGUGAAAUGUGUGCCGCUGACAUGAAAAGUCUGGAAAGCUCUGCUCUGACUCUUCAGUUAGAAGUUUCAGGUAUCAGUCCCCUUCUCAGUCCUUUGGGUGUUCCUGUUUUGACUCAUAACUCCCCUUUAAAAAAAGAAAGAAAGAAAACCGAUGUGGAAAUAUGGAGAACUGAAAAAUGAGAAACGGAGCGAAACUGAAAUUGACAUAUCCACAGCCCAUCCUGACUUGGGUGUAGUAGGACCUGUUACAACACUAGGUCUUGCAAUCCUACUAAAGCCCCGCAACUUGGCAGCACUGCAAAAUUGAAUUCUGGUGGGGUGCUGUCACGAUGCUGUCAGCGGCUCCCGGCUGGUUGCCCAGGAAAGUAUAAAGACAAGGAAAGGCUUCUUACAGUCCUUUUUAAAUUUCAAACAGUACAGAGAGAGGCUAUAGAACCCAGCCUCUUGGAUAAUGGCAUUGUCCCAAGUGAAUCUCCACCCCCAAUCUCUCCCACUUCCUCAUUUGUCGUCGCCAUCACCUCCUCUACGGGUGCAGCUAAGUGCCCUCUGUCUUUGAGCUCUUUGCUCUCCUACUUUUAAGGCUCGCCGGGUUCUGGGAGAUGGUGGGUCUGAAAUGCUUUCUAAUGACAACGGGUGUUGUUCUGUCUCUCCCAUUAUUUCCCAGCUUUACCCCUCAUCUGCUUCUGAGCUGCGACUUCCCGCAAACCCUUGUUGUAAAUCUAUACUGUCUUCCUCUUUCUCCUCCCCGGAAGGGUCAGGAUGGGGAGGUGGUCUCCAUCAUUCCUCCUCCUUUGCCCCAGUCCCUGACAUCUGCUAAAGGAGCUGAAAUAUACUGGUAGUUGAGUGUGGAUUUCAUGCUCUUUAUUCAGCUCAUAGUAGUGAGGAAUGAAAGUUCCCCCAGAAUAUCUGCUUUAUAUACAUUAUUUACACAAUGGGCCACACGUGAGUGGCUAAUUCCGGGAUUCACCUGUAGGCCAAUCAGGUUGCAGCUCAGUACAUAACAGGAGCCCAGGGCUGUCCUAUCAGAUGCUGGGAACAAAACAAUACGAGGUAACAUUACCCCCUGUUUGUUAGAUUCUCAGAGGGAUUGAUCUCACUGCAGUGGAAUACAGGGAGGCAGUUCUUAGGUUGUUGCAGCAUUUCAUCCACCCACUUCAUGUCCUGUGUGUGAAUGUGCACACCCACCCCACACACCUUUGUGUCGCUGUUUUGCUUUCCGCAGGAACGCCAUGAAGCUGGGCUACAGCAAACCCUGGCCCGACGCCAUGGAACUUAUCACAGGCCAACACAACAUGUCAGCUGCGGCCUUGCUGACCUACUUUCAACCGCUGACAGAGUGGCUCGCUAACGAGAACAAGCGAAAUGGAGAGACUUUGGGCUGGCCAGAAUAUACCUGGAUGCCCUCUGCGGGUACUGAAAGGCUCUGAAAUGAGUCAAAAUCCCUAUAACAUGGAAAUGGUGGUGGGGGAGGGGAGGGGAGCAGGAGGCUUCCUCUCUUAAUUUUAUUAACUCAAGGAACUGGCCCAUGGUGGCCGUUCCUAUACUCAAAGAAUCACUAGACUGGACCACAGGUUUUGAAAUAAUUUAACUGCAUUGCAACUUACCCCCUUCUGGCUGAGGGCAAAGAGCUGUUGAGUCCUUUGCCAUCCAAGCCAUAUUCCAUUUGAGCUGCCUCCUUCCUUUUUCUGUUUUUCUUGGUUCUCACCCAGGCCAGAUGCAAGGGGAUAACAGAGUCAAUUUCCUCGGGAUGUCAUUGAGCAGCAGUGACGCCGCAGCAGGCCAGUGGACCUUGCUCAUCAUCGGGCUCUUCCUCUUCAUUACGACAAUAGUUUUGGUCGCCAAAUGCGUCAUGAGCAGGCGAGGGGGCAAAGACGGCUUCGAAAUGGAGCUGAAAUGAGUUGGGGUGCUUCCAAACUGCUGUGCCUCCGUGUGUGAGUGUGCACGAAAAGACCGUGGGCGGCUGUGUGUGAGAGAGGAGUGUGCUGGUCCUAAUGAGAGUGUGAAUGCGAGUGUGUGUAUGUGUAUUCAUAGUGUGUUCAGUGGACAUGAACAGAAAUGCAGGUGAGCUGUGUGUUUGUGAAAGGUGCAGAGACUGUCUUUGUUUUACCCACAGGUCUGGAGAGAGUGUGAAUGCAUGUUUGUGUGCAUAUAUACACAAUGCAUGCCUGCAUACAAGGGUUCCAUGACUAAUGUGUGUAUGCACAUGUAUGUACAUGGGUUGUGAGUACAUGUACAUGCAUGUAUCUCGUGUGUGUGGCCUAAGGCCUACUUCAGGUGUGGACAAUUUACUCUGCACAUGUACUGACAGAUCUGGUUUGUGUGAGCUGCUGGGAGGGGCAGCCUCCCUGAAGCAGGCAGUUGUGUCAACAGAGGCAUGAGAGGACUCUUCCUUCUAAUUACUUCAUCAAACCUUUUGAUUAUGCAAGAGCCAAAGCAUUAAAAAAAAGAAUCCCCACACAAUUUUUUAUUGUAAAUAUUUGGAUUCUUGAAAGAAGAAAAAGGAAGAAGAGGAAUGAAGAAUCGGGCAAGGUGAUCCAAUUUGCUUAUGGGACUGACUGGACUUCAUAAAUCAACAUGGAAUCAAUGGGUUUCCUCAAGUUUGGAAUAUAUGCAUUUGGGGAGCAGGUGAAUUAUAAAUGGACUGUGGCCAUUCUAGCAGGUUAAAUGUUAUGCAGCAUUAAGCUGCGUUGGGCUUCUCCAAAAGCUGGAAGGACAUUGUGUACGUUUUGCAUCAGGCAGUUAAAAAAAAAAAAUCUGUUUGGUUCCUGGGUGACAAUUAAAAUGAAUCACAGUCUCCACAAA